AUGUCGGGAGACACGUGGAGGUGGACUUGCCUCGUCUUGCACCUCCUUCCCUGCGCCGUGAUGCUGCCUUCCACCACGAGGCAGCAGCCUUCCAACCCAAAGAGACCUUUCCUCACCUUCACUGUGGAAACGGCGGACGUGCUUUUCAACCACUUGGUGGUGGACGAGAGGAGAGGCAACAUCUACCUGGGGGCCGUCAAUUGGAUCUACAAACUCUCCAGCGAUCUGGAGAUGCUCACGUUUCACCAGACGGGCCCGGAUAGCGACAACCCAAAGUGCUACCCUCCCAAACUGGUCCAGCCUUGCAACGAACCCUUGAAGUCCACAAACAACAUCAACAAGAUGCUCCUCAUAGACUACAAGGAGAACAGGCUGAUUGCUUGUGGAAGCCUGUACCAGGGCAUCUGCAAACUCUUGAGGUUGGACGACCUGUUUAAGCUCGGAGAGCCCUUCCACAACAAGGAACACUACCUCUCCGGGGUGAAUGAGAGUGGCUCUGUUUUUGGGGUGAUAGUCUCUUACAACAACAUGGAUGACAAGCUCUUCAUUGCUACCGCAGUGGAUGGCAAGCCAGAGUACUUCCCCACCAUUUCUAGCAGAAAGCUACCCAAGAACUCUGAGGCAGAAGGGAUGUUUGCUUACGUUUUCCACGAUGAGUUUGUGGCCUCCAUGAUCAAGAUCCCGUCGGAUACGUUCACCAUCAUCCCUGACUUCGACAUAUACUACAUCUAUGGCUUCAGCAGUGGUAAUUUCGUCUACUUUCUGACCCUCCAGCCCGAGAUGAUUUCUCCACCGGGCUCCACCACUAAGGAGCAAGUCUACACCUCCAAGCUGGUCCGCCUGUGCAAAGAGGACACGGCCUUCAACUCGUACGUCGAAGUGCCCAUUGGCUGCGAGAAGAACGGCGUGGAAUACCGAUUGCUGCAGGCGGCCUACCUGUCCAAGGCGGGAGCCAUCUUGGCCAGGUCACUGGGCAUCAGGCCGGAGGACGACGUCCUCUUCACCGUCUUCUCCAAGGGGCAGAAGAGGAAGAUGAAGUCCUUGGACGAGUCGGCCCUGUGCAUCUUUGCUCUGAAAAGAAUUAACGACCGCAUUAAGGACAGGCUGCAGUCCUGCUAUAGGGGCGAAGGCACUUUGGAUUUGGCCUGGCUUAAAGUGAAGGAUAUCCGCUGCAGCAGUGCAGUAAGUCAGGAUGCUAACAAGAAACCCUCAGUUGUCCUUUGAGCCAGGAAUGGUGGUGAUGGAAGUGAGGGGGGGACACAUAAUGCAAGUCUGUGGGUGCAGUUUGGGAGGGGAAUUCUUUUGAACUGUGUCAAACCGCCAACUUCCUCCAUUCGGCAGCCCCAUUUUCAAAAAUAAAGGGAAUUGGGGCAGUAUCUUUCGCUGUAUAAGACGCACCUGACCAUAAGAUGCACCUAGUUUUUAGGGGAGGAAAACAAGAAAUAAGAAGCCUCCUGAGCGAAGAGGGAGCGCUCCUCCCUCUUCGCUCAGGAGGCUUUGCAGCACUGAUCCCGCUUGCUCUCCUGGCUUCAGCGAAAGCAAGCCUCCUGGCUUUCCCACGACCUCCCGCAAGAGCCGCAUGCUCUUUAAAGGGAGCGUGGCUCUUGGGGGCUUUUCUGGGAGGUGGGGGAAGAGACAGAGCCGCGUGCUCUGUCCCUUCCCCCAUCUCCUGCAAAAGCCAGGGAUAGCUGAGCGAAGCCUCCACAGGGGAGUGGGAUGAAGGCUCCCCGCUGCCCUGCGGAGGCUUCGCACGACUACGCCAGAAGCUAGAACAGCUAGAGGGAGCGCUGCACAGCACUCCCUCUCACUGUUCUGGCUUCUGGGAUAGCCCUCAAAGCCUGCAUUCGCUCCAUAAGACUCAUACACAUUUCCCCUUUCUUUUUAGGAGGGGGAAAAUGCAUCUUAUAGAGCGGUAAAUACGGUACCACCCAUUUUUUCUUUUCCCCAGAAUGCCCCAUUCUGAAGGCCAUUCCCCCCCCCCUUUGUGGUAGUGGAGAUGGGAAUGGCAGUUCAGGGAUGCCAUUCUCUACCCCCACCCCACCCCUAUGCCCUUCCAAGCAGGGCAUUCUGGGAUAUCUUAAUGAUGGUUGCCAGCUUUAUUUUAUUUCUUUAUUUCAUUUAUAUGCCCCCUGUAUCUCCAAGGAGCUCCAGGUGGCAUACGUGGAUCUCUGUCCACCAUUUAAAUCCUCGCAACAACCCUGUGAGGCAGGUUAGGCUGAGAGUGAGUGACGGGCCCAGUGUAACCCAGUGAGCUUCAUGGCUGAGCAAGGAUUUGAACCCUGGUUUCCUAGGUCCUAGUCCAGCACUCUAAGCACUAGAGCAGCCUUUCUCAACCUGUGGAUUGUUGAACUACAACUCCCAUCACCCCUAGCUAGCAAGGCCAGAGCUCAGGGAUGAUGGGAGUUGUAGUCCAACAACAUCUGGGGACCCACAGGUUGAGAACCGCUGCGCUAGAGGAUAAGGAUGAUAAGGCUGCCAGGUCUCAGGCAGAGAAGGGAGGCAAUGUAGUCACCAGGCUACUGAGCUUGAGGUGGGUAAAACAAAACAUGAAAACCAUCCUUUUGAUGACUUUCUUCACUCAGUCUUUGCCUCCUGUCCACGGCUGCCUUGUUUUCUGCAACCUGCUGCUCCCUGCCUCUGCUUAGCACCCUUUUAAAACAUGGCUACCCUCCCUCUAGGGAUGUGGGUGGCGCUGUGGUCUAAACCACAGGGCCUAGGGCUUGCCGAUCAGAAGGUCAGUGGUUUGAAUCCUCGCGACGGGGUGAGCUCCCGUUGCUCGGUCCCUGCUCCUGCCAACCUAGCAGUUCAAAAGCACAUCAAAGUGCCAGUAGAUAAAUAGGUACCGCUCUGGCGGAAAGGUAAAACGGCAUUUCCGUGCGCUGCUCUGGUUCGCCAGAAGUGGCUUAGUCAUGCUGGCCACAUGACCCGGAAGCUGUACGCCGGCUCCCUCGGCCAGCAAAGCGAGAUGAGCGCCACAACCCCAGAGUCGGCCACGACUGGACCUAAUGGUCAGGGGUCCCUUUACCUUUACCUUUACCCUCCCUCUGAGUUGGCUUCGUGACAUCUGAUUUUCUAGAUAGGAUAACAUUGAAGUCAAGUCAGAGUGAGGACAAUGCUUCCUGUCCUUAUCCUGGCAGCUUGGGCCUGAAGAGGCAGACAGAAAACACUAAGAAUCAUAGAAUUUUAUGUUGGAAGGCAGCACAAGAAUCAUCUAGUAGUCCAACCCCAUGCAAUGUAGGAAUCUUUCAUUCAACGUGGGGCUCACCCCCAUGACCCUGAGAUGAAAAAUCUCCUGCUUUACCGACUGGGCUAUUCCUCAGGGCAAAGCAAUGGGGAAUGCAGCUGCUACUGCUUUUAGAACAAGCACUUUGUCCCUGUUCUCAGGGCUUCCUUGAAUAAUUGCUAAAAGGGCUUUUCAAAGUCAAGAUGGCCACACAUUUAAUUUUGAAUUGCUCCAAGAAUGUGAGAGCUUUUGCAUGCCCCGUGCCAAAAACAUGUCGCCAGUCUCCUUCUGUUGCAUACAAUGGGCCCACCUGUUGAAAAACCCAAGCAGGCAUUCACCUAACACAUGCUAUUCCUUUCUCCUCCACCUUUUUGCUUUAGUGCAGCGGCAAAUGGCUUUGGAAACCAUCUAUGUCCCUCCGCCUGGCUGUCUGCACUCCCUUCCCAGAGUAAUUGCUUGUCCAGGGCCUCUAUUCCGACUGGCCGCAUCCUUGUCCCUGGCUGUAAUGGAGUGCGGCAUGAGCACAAAUAAUUGCAAAGGAGGAAGGGAUCAGGGCCAAGUUUUGCUGCUCAGGCUGGAAGGGCAGGGGCGGGAACCAAGAGAGUGAAAUAUCAAGCUGAAGCCCCGGCGUCUGCAGUUUCUGCAGCAAGCUGGAACGCUUCGCUGCUGAGCCAUAGUGGCAGCUGUGACCACUAGAGUCAAGCCAGUCAAACGGGAAGUUGGUAACUCAGCCAUGCUUUGCUGUUUUCUCAGCAGCUGGGAGGAAGAUGCUGUGUAUGGAAGAGAGGUUGCCUGUGGUUUAGAACAGCCUUAGAGGGCCUGGUGCCCUCGAGGCAUUUUGGACUACAACUCCUAUCAGCCCCUGGUGGGAGCACUGAUGGGAUUUGUAGUCCAAAAAUCUAGAGGACUCCAGGUUGGCGACAGCUGGUUUAGAAGCCAAGAAGCCUCAUUAAAAAUAAAAUAAAAUUGCGUGGUCAGUUGUAUAAAUUCAAAUGAAGGAAAGAGGUGCAUUCAGGACUUUUUAGAGACUGGAUUUUAAUGCACUUGUUGCAAGUGCAACCAUGCUCUUCCCACCUGUAUUAUUAAUGGAUUGAAUUAGAUUUAUACACCACCCUUCGUCCUAGGAUCUCAUAGCAGUUCCCGGUAUAAGCUACAAGAUAAAAACACAAGUAAAUAAUUAAAACAAAACAGCAAACCCCCUCUUUCCACAAAAACAUUUAAAAGGCUGUAGAGUAUUAAUCAGCCAAAGGCUUGGCUGAAGAGGAACAUUUUCACCUGGACCCUAAAAUAUAUAUAACGAAGAGGUAGUGAGAAGUCACCAACUUGGAUGGUUUUAAAAGAGGACUGGGCAAAUUGGAAGCGAAGGCUAUCCGUGGCAGACAAAAGAAAGGACUGCUCUUCCAUUCAGAUCAAGUCUGGGCAAGUCAAGUCCCGCCAGGGUAGGUUAAGUCCUAGUCAGGAUGCUGGACAGCUCCCAGUAGGCCCUGUUGGCAGAGCUAUGGACUAUGUUGUCUAGGCUAUAGAUGAUGUCUCAGUGAAGGACCGAGGGCUUAAAAAGACUGGCAGGGUAUUUUCCUUCCAGUGACUCCACCACCCAGGGGUGGCUGGCUGCAGCCCUCUGGGGAUCCAUAGCUGGUUCCGCAGUCACAUUUGUGGCUAUGGAGGAGGAGAAGCCACAAGGGAGUCUUCCCCAGAAUCAGAGAGAGCCAUGUCCUCAGGCUGGGAGGGUGCAGCAGAGGGCGCUAAGCGCUCUUCCCUGGGUGAACUGGAGUUCCUCUGAAUUCAGAUCCUCCAUGGGUCAAUGAUGGGACUGGGAUCAAGGGGACCUGUCACUGCAGAACUGGCAGCAGCAAAGCAAGGGGGCAGUUGGGAGCCUGAGUAGCUCAACUGGUUAGGCACUGAGAGCCAGCGUGGUGUAGUGGUGAAGAGCGGUGGACUCGUAAUCUGGUGAACCGGGUUCGCUUCCCCACUCCUCCACAUGCAGCUGCUGGGUGACCUUGGGCUAGUCACACUUCUCUGAAAUCUCUCAGCCUCACUCACCUCACAGAGUGUUUGUUGUGGGGGAGGAAGGGAAAGGAGAUUGUUAGCCGCUUUGAGACUCCUUAAAGGGAAUGAAAGGCGGAGUAUCAAGUCCAAACUCUUCUUCUUCUUCUGAUGGCCAAGGUUGCAAGUUCAAUCCCUGUAUGGGGCACCUGCAUAUUCCUGCAUUGUAGAGAAUUGGACUAGAUGAUUCUAACUCCACAACUCUAUGAAAUUAGCACUUUUGGUUCCCCUUUCAACCUCUUAAGCUCCCUGUAACUUUGAGCUGAAAGUUAUCCUUUGAGAACUUUCAGCUCAACACUAGUUUUACGCUUUUUUCAUUUUGGCUUCAAGUAUUAUAAAAAACAGAAGAGUUCUGUGCAGGAAAGUGCUUCUGGGUCAGCCCUGUCUGACAUCAUAGAGCCAAUUAUGGCUGAAGGCAGGCAGUAAAUUUCAACAAAGUUGUAGGGUGAACAGCAGAGUUAUCAUUGCCUGCACUGUGCACACUUCGAUUCACUGUUAUUUCGGAUCAAGUAGGUCUGCAAGCUUUCAUAGUGCUUUGCAAUCCUGCAAUGCUUGUUUGAACAGCAAUGAAAUGCUGCCUAUACGAGGCCACCUCUAAGAGGUUCUUCUGUCUCCAGGCUUUCUGAGUGAGGCUGAUGGAUGUGAGGACGAUGGUGUGCUCAAAUAAGACACUGCAGAGGGAAAAGGAGUCUCGAAAACCGGCCUGGCCCUUUAACUGGCCGCUUGCCAAGCCUUCCCAACUUAAAGCAUCGCUGUGCCUUGACUUCUUGUUCCCCCCCUUGACCCUUCUCACACAACAUGCUCAUUCAGGGUGGAACAGGGCCUGGGGCGGCUGACUGGUGCUAUUGUGUCUGAGAUAUUUCAGGCAAAAUCCUCCUCCCCGAUGCCCUCUCUGCAGAGCCUAUAUUAUGCCUGCUCUUUGUGCGAUUGGCCCACCACCCCGGGGCAGAUACAUUCUCGCCCUGGACAGGACGGUGAUCCUAAUCAGCUCCUCGUGCAGGUGAACUUUGCCCAGGGGAUCCUUUCUUUGCCUGUUCCCCUCUCCCCAAACCUUCCUCCCCAGCCCGAGUUUUUCAGAGCUUUCCCUUGGCAGCUGCAAGUAAAUCUUCGCCGUACGCCUCACGACCGAUUAGAUUUACUCGGGAAGGAGUUGAUUUUAGAUGCUGUGCCUGGCAUUGCUGCAGGGGACCCCGGCUGCUUUCGUAUGUGGUUCAGUAGGUUUUUGUCACAUGUGGCCUUGCUGGCAGUUUCCUGCAUGCUCCUCCGUGCUGUUGUUUACAUGCCGCUUAUAGCCAAACCUGACCUCACAUUGCCUUGCUGUUAUGUUGCUUUGCCAGUUAGUAAGCUGAAGGGAAUCAUUACGCAAGAGGCUCUUUUGCCCCCUUCCCUUCUUCUUUAAACCAAGUGAAAGGGAAACAGAACCGGGGAGCCAGAGAGCUGGAAGCAAAGUAUCAGAGGCUCCUUCACAGAGACGUUUGGGUGCUAUUUAAAGCACCGCUGGUCUGGGGGCUGCGGCGCGACUUGAGUUUUGCACAAUAAUCAUUCUGUUGAGCAGUGUGGUAAUGGGCUCAACUGGAUUUAGCUCCGUUCCCAGAGCCAAAUCCCUCUCCGACCCCAGGGCUGUGACAUCUGCAAAGGGAGGGUGUGGGUGGGAACUCUGCUUGCCUUCACAAGUUUUUGUACUUUGUUAAAACAGAAGCAACACCCACACACCAUCCUAGCAGAUGCCGUCUGAAAUUGCUUAGGGCUAGGGAUGCAGCGAGGGUUUUUUUGUUUGACAGUGGAAGUUGCAUCAUCACAGCUACAGAGAAGCACCCCGGAUCUGGCCAUGUCAGAAGCCUGUAUAAUUGCUUGCAACCAGUGGCAAGCACAUCCCCCCCCUUUUUUUAAAAAAGGUUCUGAUUUUCCCAGACUUUGCGCUCAGUCUCAGAGGCACUCAUAAUUAGCUUUCUUCCCAUAUUCUGAGACUUUCCAAACUAGGUUUGAGGACCUUUUCCAGGCUCAGAAGAAGUGCAGGGCAUCUCUCUAAUAUCACACUGGGCCUCAAAGAAGCUUUGAACCUUGGUCAGGCAUAGGCAAACUCAGCCCUCCAGAUGUUUUGGGACUACAACUCCCAUCAUCCCUGACCACUGGUCCUGUUAGCUAAGGACGAUGGGAACUGUAGUCCCAAAACAUUUGGAGUGCUGAGUUUGCCUGUGCCUGACCUUGAUGUUUCUCAAUCCUCUCUGAGGUUCAGUUCAAUAGAGAAAAGACAACAGCUCCUCCUCUAGGUCGCAGUUAAGAGAUUUUGUUUCUAUUUUGUUUUUGUUUUUUUUAAAAAUGAUAUUUAUUGAAAAUUUUUAGAAUUACAAAAGAGAACAAAGCAGAAAAAGAGAAAGAAAAAACAAAAAAACCCCAAACCACAUCAAACAAUACAAAUUCAAAAAACAAAAAUACACCACAAACACUCAAAAACAAAUCCAUCAUUCUCAAAUCCUCAACUGUCAUUACCUUCUUUCUUUGACCUCCUCCUCCUCCCUUUUUUUGUAUCCUAGUUGUUAAUUGUCGCAGCAAAUCCUUUCCAUAUUUCAUAAUAUUCUGUCAUUACAUUACCUUAAUCUAUUUUAACCUUAUCUUACUAUAAAGAACCUUAAAGCUUAAAACUUGAAUCUUAUUUUUACCAACUUCUCAUAACCAUAAUAUUCUUACAUAAUUCUUUAAACAUUUUUGCUAAAGCCAAGUAAUUUCGUUCCAACAUUUUUCUAACAUUCAUCAAUUUUAUAAAACAAUCCUAGUAGUAAAAAAAAAGAAAUAAAAACAAUCCAAUCUUCAUCCAGCGUCCCUUCCUCCUGGUCCCGGGUUUUGUCAGUCCUUAAUAUCCCAUCGAUCUAGCGCAUUAACCUGGUAACCUUGUAUCCGAGGCCCUUAAGUCUCUUCCAUGUCCCUUCCGCAGCUCUUCUUCAAAUUUAUAACUGUAUUUUCCUUUGUCUCCUGCUCCUUUCACUCGUGGGAACUCCAGCUUAACAAUGUUUUUGACCCUUCUCGACAAAUCAGCCCCUUUUCCACAGUCCACACUAAACUCCAUGUGGUAUUUAAGAACAUGUUUCAAAAUCCCUCCAAAAUUAAGAGCCCCCACAACCCCAAACAUCUCACGGCCCAUUGCCAGACUUGAAAGGUCCAAACAUCCCUGCAUAGGGGGGUCUAUCCAACCCCCCAUUUCCAAACCAAACCAAACUUUAUCUUUCCAAGUCUGGCUUUUUCCAAGUUCAUUUGUCAAGUCCAAAAGCUCAUGUUCCUGCUGGGCCACAGCUCCCUUCUUCUCUGGCGCCCAAGAUUCAGUAACAUCCUCUUCCCUCAUCUGUUCUGUCAGGGCACACUCCUGAUUUAAUUCCUGGGUGGGCUCCAUAUAAUUUCCCACUGCCUGUUCAAAAUUUCUGAUCGCAUCAGUCAUCAAGUUCGUCUUCUCAUGUAGCUGUUCCAGUAGGGCAUUUGUUUUACAGAAAGCACGCGACAGAGCUUCUGAAUACAUUGUCCUGCAAGGUCAGAAGUCUAUUCCCACGAUUGUAAUCUGUAACAGCUGCAAGCUCCCGGAGUUGGUUACAGUUUCACAGUCUCCCUCUAGGGUGAAAACUUCUAUUUGUUCUUUCUUUUAAAGACAAGUCUAACAACAAAGUUUCCUUUUUCAGAUAUUUUGUCAAUAUUUGUUCCUUUAAAAUGCGAAGGGGAACAAUGGAAUCAAUGUUUCUCUUCUUAUAGCUAUCUGUCAAAAACGUUUGUCUCUGGUCAAUGAGCUUCAAAAAACGUCAGUCCUGACACCCUGCUCCAGGAUCAGGACGGUGGAAAGUUACUUUACUUUACACUCACUUCUGCAGGUUUAAACAGACCGAAAAAAUCCCCCCUCUUCUCCUGCUUCCGAAGGGGGGUUCAACAAUUUUAAAUGAUGAAAGUUAAUCUUUUACAAGCAAUUUUCUGAGCUCUAGUUUGCCAUGUCUUUGCUUUAAUCUAUCUACAAAGAAACGGAAGACUGACUUCCUGUUUGGACCUUCCCGUUUCAGUGCCAAAUUGAGGUAAACUUUUAAGUCCAAUUUUCCUUUCUGCUCGCAAGUCCUUAUUUAAAGUCCAAUUGUCCGAAAUUUAAGUACUCACGGGUGAUUAUUUUAGAAGCCAAAUUGUCCCAGGAAAAAGGCAGCGCUCUCCGGCAACGGCUGUGCAGCUUCGCUCCACGGAAGAAGCAGUUGACUCUCAGCACCGCGCCACUUCCCCCUCUUCGCUCCGGAGCCCGUUAGUGGGUUCUUUUGCGGGUUGGGGGGGCGCUAAAGGUGCCCGCCGAGUCCCAUGGUCACAGGCUUCAUCUGCCUGUGAUUUUUGAAAGGGUCCCCGCCUCGCCGUAGCGGAAAAGACCCGUUUCGCAUGGAGCUAGUCCCUCCAGAUCAGAGGGAGUCCGCCAUUGCUGAUGGCGCCACCCCGGAAGUUAAAGCAGAAACUCAGUCUCUGUACCUUCCAGUUGGGAACCAUGCACACUAAUGUUUUGAUGUGCACUAAUUUGCAGAACAACAGCUUAUAAGAUCACCUAUCCUUAAAAAAAGGGACACGGGUGGCGCUGUGGGUUAAACCACAGAGCCUAGGACUUGCCAAUCAGAAGGUUGGCAGUUCGAAUUCCUGUGAUGGGGUGAGCUCCCGUUGUUCAGUCCCUGCUCCUGCCAAUCUAGCAGUUCGAAAGCACGUCAAAGUGCAAGUAGAUAGAUAGGUACCGCUCCGGUGGGAAGGUAAACGGUGUUUCCGUGCGCUGCUCUGGUUCGCCAGAAGCGGCUUAGUCAUGCUGGCCACAUGACCCGGAAGCUGUAUGCCGGCUCCCUCAGCCAAUAAAGCAAGACGAGCGCCGCAACCCCAGAGUCGGUCACAACUGGACCUAAUGGUCAGGGGUCCCUUUACCUUUACCUUUAUCCUUAAAAAAACAAUAAUAAUUGUAUUCCCACAUGCAUAGAUAGGUGUGCCCUAGAGAAGUGCAAUUUUGCACUGAUGGGGGUAUUAAAUACCAAAAUAAGAGAAGAGGUAUUGCAAACAGCAGAGGUUUUGCACGUUCCCUCUCAGGGCCCCCUAUGCUGGGAAUGUUUGGUGUGAGACAGACCUGUUGAAACGAAUGGGAAUAUGCUGCACACGUCCCACUUAAAGCUGCACAUAACUAUGUCGGAGUAAAUCCCAUUGAAAUCUGUAGGGCUUACUUCUGACAUAACAUGGUUAGGAUCAGACUUUUAACUCGUGAAUGGCCCGAUAGGCACCUUCAUUGCAGCAUUUGCCACAGCAACGGCUGCUUCGCUAAACCCCUACCUUCUCAGGAUAACUCAGGGAUGCUUGCCAGUUUGCUGAGGAAUCUCAAGUUGGGCCAAGAUGCUCCAGAAAUGCCAAGCCAAACGUUCUCUGUUGUUGUUUUGAAAUUUUAUCAAGCACUGUUGUCACACACGCCGAGGCGCUUAGGAGCCCAAGUCGCAAUUUUGCCUGCAAAACAAAAUAAUAAUUAUGCUAAUUGCUCUUCGGCAGAGGCUGCCUUAGUGCCAGGUUUCCAGCUGCACCUGGGCUUGCUUUGAGGUGUGUUCGCUUCCGUACGAUGGAUUCGGAAUGACGGUACCUGAGCAUUUGCAGGUGACACAAACGGAGCUGAAAGCCUGAAAAGUGAACUAUGGAUUUGGAUGGCAUGGUGCAAAACUCCAGGGUGCGAUGGAAAGGGGUAGCUGUAGAAAGAAACUUCAUCCAGAAGGACUUGGGUUGGUACUUAUGAAGAACUUUCUUGCUGUGGAGUGCUGGAAAAGGGAGACUAGGGUGGAAAGUGUCUUCUUCACUAUUCGCCUCUGUGAAAGGACCCAGCAAGUAAUUGGUUGGUUCGUUCUGGGCACACUUGAUCUUUUAAAGAGGAGUAGCAGCUGGAUUGUAUCGUGAUGUCCCUUUCAGCUAAGGCUGGAGGAGAAAUUUGAUUCAGUCUUCAGCUUCCACUUUCUGAAACAAAGCAAGAAGUGAAACAUCUAUCCUACAAAAUUCAUACUCCUCUGAAUUUUGCAAUUUAUUUAUUUAAUUUGUAUGUAGCCCUUCAUCUUAACAUCUCAAGGCAGUUCACAGCAUCAAGAUACAAGAUAAAAAACACAAAAACAUGGAUUUUUUUUGUUUUGUUUUGAAUUGUUGAACCGAGAUGGUAAUGUGGGAAACUGAACUUAUAACUCAACAAAUGGGAAGCCGAGAUAAACCAAAAUGGACAGGUUUGCUCGUUCCAGCUCUACAUUUCACCUGCUAAUGUAGCUGCAGUGCACACCUCCUUGUUCUGAAAAGCAACAGCUGCUUCUGCUUUUGGAUCACACCACCUUGCCCCUUAUGCCAGUUGAUAACCCAAGCUUCUUCUAAGCCUUCCCUGCUACCCUACCUACUGGGUGGUGCUGUGGUCUAAACCACUGAGCCUCUUUGGCUUGCCAAUCAGAAGGUCAGCGGUUCAAAUCCCCGUGACGGGGUGAGCUCCCAUUGCUCUGUUCUAGCUCCUGCCAACCUAGCAGUUCAAAAGCACGCCAGUGCAAAUAGAUAAAUAGGUACCGCUGUGGCGGGAAGGUAAACAGUGUUUCCGUGCGUUCUGGUUUCUAUCGCGGUGUCCCGUUGCGCCAGAGGCAGUUUAGUCAUGCUGGCCACAGAACCCGGAAAGCUGCCUGAGUACUAAUGCUGGCUCCCUCUGCCAGAAAAGCGAGAUGAACCCCACAACCCCACAGUUGCCUUUGACUGGACUUAAGCGUCCAGGGGUCCUUUACCUUUACCUUUUACCUACCAGAGAGAGAGAGAGAGAGAACGCACAUAUGGUUUUCUGGAAGGUGGUGGAGAAGCAAGCCCUCACAUGACUAUGAGGAAAGGUUGAAGAAGUUUGCUAUGUUUCGCUUGUAGAAGAGACAAUUAUGAUAUUCGAAGAGUUGCCACACACUAACAAUUAAUGGUUAUUUCAACUACUCAGGGAACUAUGGAAACUGCAGUUCUGAGGUGUUGGAAAUAUUUCCCCAACAUAAAAUUUCCAGCACUAUUGUUAAACUACAAUUUCUAGGGUUCUCUGGCAGCCAUGACAGUUCAGCAGGUACACAUUUGAUAUGUUUGUAGUGCUGAUAUAGCCCCAAAAGGAGUUCUAUGCCGCCUUGGAUCAAAUGCUCUUAAAAAGUGUACUUUACUCCUGGAAAACUAACGCGGUCUUUGCUUUUGCUCAUGAAACGUAACCCAUGAAAGGCCUGCUUGACUCACCAGGAAGGAAACCUUUGGUCUAAGAGAAAUGCAGCCUUCCUUCCAGGAAAUUGCACAUUUUACGACGCAUGGUACAUGCUAUAUUAUUGCCUGAAGCCAUAUGUUGGGAAGUGUGGUGAUAGCAAAGACAGGCGACAAAGUCUGUGGCACAUUAAGAUUCUAUAGUUCUCUGGAAACUUGACACCACUCCUUGAUCUGAUGCAAAAAUAAAAUAAAAUAAAAACCCGAGCAGCCACAGACACAACUCCCAGUAAAUUUGAGCAACUUCAUUCUCUCUUCUGUUCUUGCCUAAAUUACAUCUGAGUGAAAAACCUCUUAGCUUCAGGGUUGCAAUUCCCCUGUAAUUGGUAAAGUAGCUGUAACUGCAUUGUCACUUAUACAUAGUGGCAUGUAAUUGCACGGUAACCACUGCUGCGCUGGCACGAAUGACAUGCGGUGUGCGAUUAGGAUGCAGCUCUGAACGGCGUCUCCCCAUCCAACUCCCAUUAUCUUGCUGGAGACCUGAUGGAAUGAGGGCACCAGUGGGAUAAGACCGGAGUUACGUUUUCAUGUUAACUCUCGGCUGAAAGGUCCAUGCCUUUCUGCGAAAAGUUUUUUACCUGGCCUCCAAAAUCACCAAACCUUCUAUCCUUCCUAAUUCGGCACUUGCCAUAUUAUCACUAGAUUCGAACCCAAAUUCUACCCUUACAUCUAAAGAAUUAAUUUCCUUCCUGUCCACAGCAGCUAGACUAGUUAUUGCCCAGCGAUGGGAGGACACCUCAAAUAAUAAUAAUAAUAAUAAUAAUAAUAAUAAUAAUAAUUUAUUAUUUAUACGCCGCCCAUCUGGCUGGGUUUCCUCAGCCACUCGGGGCAGCUCCCAACAGAAUAUUAUUAUUAUUAUUAUUAAUAAUAAUAAUAAAGCGAUAAAACAUCAAACAUUAAAAAUUUCCCUAAACAGGGCUGCCUUCAGAUGUCUUCUAAAAGUCAGGGAGUUGUUUAUUUCUUUGACAUCUGGUGGGAGGGCGUUCCAAAGGGCCGGCACUACUACCAAGAAGGCCCUCAGCUUGGCUCCCUGUAACCUCACUUCUCACAGGGAGGGAACCGCCAGAAGGGCCUUGGAGCUGGACCUCAGUGUCUGGGCAGAACAAUGGGGGUGUACUGGGCCCAGGUAUACUGGGCCGAGGCCGUUUUAGAAUACAGUGGUACCUCGGGUUACAGAUGCUUCAGGUUACAGACUCCGCUAACCCAGAAAUAGUACCUCAGGUUAAGAACUUUGCUUCAGGAUGAGAACAGAAAUCGUGCAGCGGCAGCAGCAGGAGGCCCCAUUAGCUAAAGUGGUACCUCAGGUUAAGAACAGUUUCAGGUUAAGAACAGACCUCCAGAACGAAUUAAAUUCUUAACCCGAGGUGCCACUGUACCAACAGAGGCUUGAAUUGAUAACAUCAGAAUGCCUCACAUACCAUCGGUGACUAAUCAAAGGCAUUUCCAAAAAAGCACACAAAAAAACCACCUUUGACAUGACCUGGUCUCCCUUUUUCUCUUUUACUGAAGAAGGACAGACAGGAUAUUUUAAUGCCAUCAUCAUCAUCACAGACGUGUCUGUGGAGGGGAUAUAUUGUUUGAAAAUGUCUAGCCCACCUGAUUGGUAGCUGGGUUCCAAGUGAGGAUAUUCAGCAAGCCAACAUGACAGUGAUGUGGGAUUGAGGACUGGAGUGAUCAUUCUGUGAUAUUACGGCAGCGGUCAAAGCUGUAGUGUAACCUUUGAAUAAAUGCUAUUAAAAUAAACAAACUGUUGGGUGCCAGGAUCCAAGCCCUUUCCAUGAAGAGGUGGCAAGUACCCUGAGUGAAAAGAUGAGCGGGUAGGCAGAGAAGUAACUUAGGAGCAUAUGGGAAUACUUCAACAUCUUCUCUCAGCAAUGAACUGCCCAAACUGAGAGAAUGUGCAGACCUUGGGGCUAUGGAAGAGGCAGCAGUGUGGGAUUGGCUCUCUGAGGUCACCUGACGAUUCCAUGGGCUGGCAGGAUGGAAGCAUUGGUUGACUGCCAAAUUAAUUGUCAGUGAUUUCUCUGUAGGCAGAGUGUGGCAGCCAGUUUAAAAACAGCAAUAAACUAAAACACUAAAAUAAUCACCCAGUACAGUGGACGCUCGGGUUACGAACGUGAUCCUUGCGGAAUGCACGUUCGCAACCCGCAGUAUCCGCAACCCGCAAUGGCACGUCUGCAAACACAUGGGUUACGAUUCGGCACGUCUGUGCAUGAGCAAAGUGCGAUUUAGCGCUUCUGUGCAUGCGCGACCGCCGAAACCCGGAAGUAACCCGUUCCGGUAUUUCUGGGUUUCAGCGGUCUGCAACCUGAAAAAAUGCAACCUGAAGUGUCUGUAACCCGAGGUAUGACUGUAGUAUACAGCCAACUCCCAAUUUACGCAGUGCCCCAUUCCCCCCCACCCUUUUUAGUGAUGUUUCUGUGACAUUUUCGGGUCACUUUUGGGUUUGGAGCGAUGCGCACAUGCGCAGUUGCGCCUAAAAUGGUUGCUGCCUGUUUUAAAAAAGUCUUGUGUCCACCCCACUUAAAGGAUGGACACAAGAAAAGUUGCACAAUGAAAUUCUCAGCAAAUAAUUAACAAAAUGAAAUUGCACAGGCAAAUGAAGAAUUCUGUAAUUAGUGUGCAGGGCAGGGAGUUGGACUAGAUGACUGUAGUGGUCUCUUCCAACUCUGCAGUUCUAUGAUUCUAUGAGUGAGUUGCAUCCUGCAUUGCAGAUCCAGGGUUGUAUCCAACCACAUUUUACUCAGAGUAGACCAACUGAAUUAAUAGACCUAAUUAGAGCCAUAGAAUUACAGGACCAUAGAGUUGGAAGGGACUAUGAGGGUCACCUAGUCCAACAACUCCUUAAUAAAUGUGCAUUCAUUUCAGUGAGUCUCCUUUGAGUAGGACCAACAUUGGCUAGAGGUUGAACUAAUAGAUGAUCUCAACAGUCCACCCUGCCUCUUUUAUUCUCCGCAAGGCGAUGUUUGAUGUUGGAAGAAGCACAGCGAUCAAAUGAGCGAAUUAUAGUUCCCCAAGUAACUGAAGGAAUAAAGCGAGCUGAUCACAGAUUUACAGCCGGCCAGUGGCAGCCCCAGUCCCUGAGGCAGGGGCUUUUGUAGGAUUCAGUAAUAGGUCUCCCUUUCCAAGAGGCCUGGCUAAGCUCUGACGUAGGGGUAGACGGACUGCCAAAGUGAAAGCGAGGAGGGACGGCAGGAGGAGGUGCUAAUCCUUCAGCUAGGACUUCUCCCAAAAUGUGGAUUUGGCUGUGAUCGCAAUUAUCUGGAGAGGUACAUUUUAAAGCAGAUGUUUAAAGGACAGUUGAGGCUCAUUCCAGCCAUUGCUAGGCAAUGGCUCAGGCUUCUUUGGCACCUGGACUCCGCACUGUGCUGCCAAUCUGCUUCCAAGUGCAUGCGGAAUCAGGAGGAGGGAAAAAGGAUAUGGCUUUAAUCCUUGUCUGGCAUCUCAUGCCAAGAGAUCCCCUGUGAUGUCAGCAAGAGGACUCAGCUGCCGAUGUCAGGAUGCAGAGCUGCAGGGGAUGUGUUGAACCACAGAUCCAGGAGCAAAGCUAGCAUUCUGCUCCUUCUCCCUUGACAGCUGCAGCAUCCCUCGAUGAAAAUAGGGAUAAUAAUAAUAAUAUUAAUAAUAUUAUUAAUAAUAAUAAUAUACCCUCCCCAUCUGAGUGGGUUGCUCCAGCCACUCUGGGCAGCUUCCAACAUAUAUAAAGGUAAAGGGACCCCUGACCAUUAGGUCCAGUCAUCACCGACUCUGGGGUUGCGGUGCUCAUCUCGCUUUAUUGGCCGAGGGAGCCUGCGUACAGCUUCCAGGUCAUGUGGCCAGCAUGACUAAGUCGCUUCUGGUGAACCAGAGCAGCACAUGGAAACGCCGUUUACCUUCCCGCCGGAGUGGUACCUAUUUAUCUACUUGCACUUGAUGUGCUUUCAAACUGCUAGGUGGGCAGGAGCAGGGACCGAGUAACGGGAGCUCACCCCGUCGCAGGGAUUCAAACCACCGACCUUCUGAUCAGCAAGUCCUAGGCUCUGUGGUUUAACCCACAGCGCCACCUGCAUUCCACAAACUGAGACCUAACCUUUCUGAUAGGCACCACCGUAUUGCUCAGUGCUCUUUUUAAGAGAAAGGCUAGCUUCAGUUGUGGCCAUCAAAACAACUCCUGUUGUUCACUGCCCACUUGCAAAAUAUUUGAGAAAUUAGAAAGGUUCUUUGCUUCCCACAGCAGAUCAACCUGUCCCCUUAACAGAGAUUCUCUCUCUCAUUCUUCCUUUUGUUGCAGCUGUUAACAAUUGAUGAUAAUUUCUGUGGCCUGGAUAUGAAUGCCCCACUCGGAGUAUCUGAAAUGGUACGAGGACUCCCCGUCUUAACAGAAGACAAGGACAGGAUGACGUCCGUCAUUGCUUAUGUCUAUAAGAACCACUCCCUGGCUUUUGUGGGCACCAAGAGUGGCAAGCUGAAAAAGGUAGGCCUGGCUUUUCCUAACUUGAUGUGGUCCGUAGCAAAGAAGACUUGUGAAAUGGUAUGGAUGCGUAGGUUUAUGUUAUCUGAGGGCUAUUUCUGCCAAAGUUUGGCCUGUGUGAAGGAAGAGAGAGCAGUUAUCUGGGAACAGGCCAAGCCAAAGCAAAUUAGCACAACAAUUCUGCAAUCUGUUGAGUGGAAUGUAUUUUAGGACAACAGGUUUUCAGUUUGCGGAUCAGGGAUCACAACUAGGUCACAACCUGAUCUAAGAUCACAACAGCAGGACUAUCACCAUACCAAUAUGGUAAAAGAAAAUUAAGAAAUGUCUCACCAAAUGCAUGUUAAAGGUGGUUCCUCGGCUUGGAAAAGCUGAAGGCUACUGCCCUAGGAUGUCCAUUAGCAUUUGGAAGUACGAUAAAGAUGAUUUCUUAAAGCCAGCUUGUGUAUUGCAUGAUGUGGUGGAAUGGCAGAGUUUAAUCUGUCGCAGAAGUUACUGGUGGCUUUGUGGAAAGUAGUCUUUAUUCCCAUUCCUUCCAAUGUAUGAAAAGGAAGUCAUGUUAAGUGUUCUGUUGACCAGUGACAAAUUCCAGAGGGGUGAUUAUAUUAAUCCUUUGCAGCAAAAAUAAAAAUUGUGAGUUCUGUGGCACCUUAAAGGCUUCUUAACAAAUUGAUUUUAGCACAAGCUGUUCUGGGCCAGAGCCUCAGAGUAGAACACAUACUCUGUCCUACAAAAGUUUUAUGCCUCGAUAAAUUUGUUAGUCUUGGAAGUGUCACAGAACUCUUUGUUGAUUGUAUUUACUGGGUUGCCACCAGGGACUGGAUAUAAAUAGGCGUCCUUUCCUCAGGGUCUGAUCUCCCUUGGGCACCAUCCAAGAGAAUGGGAAGCUCACCCUUGUCUUUGCUGCGGCUUUCCUCUAUUACAUCAAUUCCAAUUUAUCAUGUGGGGCCAUCAGUAUUUGUAUUCUGGAGCCAAAGCAAAGGCUGAAGGAGGCAUUUAACUCUGAGUUUUUGGCAGGUGUUUUGAUUGUCUCUCAAGAUCCAUUGGAGGUGACCUUCCAGUGGAGAGAGAUUGGCUUGGUAUGUUCUGCCUGGUGGUUUAACUGUCUACGCACGUAUUGUGUUCUCGGAAGAGGAGAUACUUGCCUUCUUGUGGAAUGUUGUACCUUUGCUAACUUACUGGGUCUUUUUGAAUGUUGAAAUUUUCUAGUGAUGAAUGAUUAAGUGGCUGUCUUUUCCUUAAAACAGUUUUUUAAAAAAGGAACUGUAGAAUGAACCUUCUCCUUGGAUGGAGAUCAUUUGGACUUUAGAUCGGAUUAUUUCCCCCAAGCAUGACAUAAAGUCUGAAAUCCAUAUUCAUGAUGUCGCUGCUCUCCACGAGCAAUACUGCAUUUCUACACUGCUCCUAGUGAUUGACUUGACCCUUCCUGGGUUUUGGUCCUCAGGAUGGUGAUGUCAGCAGCGGUGGUACCAUUUAAUGAGGGCAGGGGAGGAGCAACUGCCCGCUCUAAGUUGCAAGUUGCAUGAGGUUAAAACUCAUUAUCGCUGAUCAGCUCACUGUGGUUACUGUUAAAAAGAAAAGAAAACUAAAAAGGCCUUCUAUGUAUUAGGUAUUGCAUGUCAAAGCCAGCAAGUUCUGAACUUAAAUAUGGUGAAUCUCCUUUUAUUCAUUUAUUGUGUAUGUGGUGUGUUUAUGUAUCCUGUGCUAGUCUGAAUCUUUGAAGCUGAUAAUGAACAUGACUAACUUAGGUUCAUUCAUUUCAAUGGGUCUUCUCUGAGUAGAACUUAGUUGGAUGCAAUUCAUGAUGUCCUUACACUCAGGCUCACAAUGAAGAAGAAGAAAAGAUUGAUGCAAAAGGACAAGAUUGAUGCAAGGGGGGGUGGGGAUUUGCCUAUUUUGUGAGAGAGUGACAGAGUGCAAAAAGAAUGCAGAAGUUAACCUGGAAAUAGGGGGCGAUGCCAAAUCAAGCGAGAAAGCAAAUGAUAAAACAUUGCCUUUUAAUACUUACUUAAAGUGGGAGAGAGACUAGGCCAGGAGACUAUUUAAAGGCAGAGUCCUGCACACAAGAGGCUCCAUUUUUGCACAUGCCUCUCUAGGUGUGGAAGGUGAAGACAGGUUGAGGAGGGCUUUAGAGCAAGGGCAGGUGACCUGUGGUCCUAUUGUUGGACUACAACUUCCAUCAUCUUUGACCAUUGGCUGUGUUGGCUGGGGCAGAGGGAAGCUGGAAUCCAUCAAUAUCUGGAGGUCAAAGCAGGUUGUCCACCCCGGCUUAGAUUAUGGGUUAUCGUGGGUUAGAACUGGGAGUUUUGUCUUUUCAUUUUAUGACUGAAAACCCCAAUUCCAUGGUAGCAUGGAAAAUGCGCUUGUGUAACAUUGAGAUGUCAGCCCUGUUAGAUUCUGUUUCUAUUCAUUUUCUCUGAAUUUUGGAGUUACUAAAUUCUUGAGUGGGCAGUAUCAGUAGUGGUUUGCUUGUUUCUCCCUCUGACACCCCCACCCCAUCUUUUUUGCUCAGCAUUAAAAGCACUGUAUGCCUUUCUAUUUCCCCUUCAUAUAUAGGGGCUUUUGCUUGCAGGGACUGCAUGGGGGGGGGGUGAGUGUUAUAAGCAACAAAUAAUUCCACACAUAUGCUUCCGACAGAUCUGAAAGUUUUGGUCUCCGUGCUUGUCUUCUCUCUCUGAUAAAGAAAUAAUAAAAAGGAUGAAGGGGUCCUUUCUGGUUUUGAAGCUUUUUUCUUCCUCUCCGCCCUCUUCCCAAUCAAGCUGCAGCCCUUUCGCAGCACGAAGGUGUAAAAAGAAAAGGAAAAAAGACCUCCUAGCUGUGCUCAUUGCUAUUCCAGACAUAAGACCAUCAAAUUGGCAUCCACAUUUGAUGUGUAGAGGGAGCCGAAAUACUUUGUGGUGGGGUUAUAUUAGUUGUUGCCUAAGAAGGAUGAAGCAAAAAUAAUAUUAAUACAGACUUUGCUGGAACGAGUGCAGGAAAUGUUUUGGAUUUCUAUCACUUGCGUUGUUCACGUUCACAUUAUUGUAUUUGUAUGUAUCUGUUUGAGGGACGCGGGUGGCGCUGUGGGUUAAACCACAGAGCCUAGGACUUGCCAAUCAGAAGGUCGGCGGUUCGAAUCACCACAACGGGGUGAGCUCCCAUUGCUCGGUCCCUGCUCCUGCCCACCUAGCAGUUCGAAAGCACGUCAAAGUGCAAGUAGAUAAAUAGGUACCACUCCGGCGGGAAGCUAAACGGCGUUUCCGUGCGCUGCUCUGGUUCGCCAGAAGUGGCUUAGUCAUGCUAGCCACAUGACCCGGAAGCUGUAUGCCGGCUCCCUCGGCCAAUAAAGUGAGAUGAGCGCCGCAACCCCAGAGUCGGCCACGACUGGACCUAAUGGUCAGGGGUCCCUUUACCUUUACCUUACCUUUACCUUUACGUAAUUGUUUAUUUUUGAGAGGUGCCUUGGGAGCCUUUUGGGCUGAAAGGCGGCAUAUAGAUCAUAGAAUCACAGAAUUGUAGAGCUGGAAGCGACCUUGAGGGUCAUCUAGUUCAACCUCUUGCAAUGCAGGGAUGUGCAGCUGUCCCAUACGGGGUUUUUUGGGGGUUACGGACCCGCCAAAACCCGGAAGUACCGUAAUGGGUUACUUCCGGGUUUUGGUGGUCUCGCAUGCACAGAAGCGCUAAAUCGCACUUUGCACAUGCGCAGAAGCACCAAAUCGCAACCUGUGCAAAGAUGCGCCAUUGCGGGUUGCGAACGCUGCGGGUUGCAAAUGCAGCGGGUUGCGAAUGUGCAUCCCGCACGGAUCACGUUCGCAACCCAAGCAUCCAUUGUAUGUGCAAUGUCUCUUUUUUCAAGUUACAUUUUCUACAGGUCAGUUUCAUUUAAUGAGACAUUAGUGUUACAUUAGGAAGAAAAUGGGGGAAGAGGUGGAGGGAGCCGUGGUGGGUGGCGUCAGGUGGCAAUGUUUCUAUUUUACUUAAUGUAUGUGUGGGGUUUUGUGUCAGCAUCGUUUGUGCGGGUUUUCCUGGCUAUUUGCUUGUGUUCCUUUGGUGGUGAGAGAAGUUGGGGUUGGCCUAUGGUGUGGUUGCUUGUUUGUGAUUGUCUGUGGUGAACUGUGUUGUCAUGUGUGAGUGGGGUGGAUGGGUGUUUUUGAAUCAGGUUAGCCAUAUUUAUUCAUAUGCUGUUGGUGGAUUCUUGUUGUUGUCUUGUUGGGCUGUGUAUGUGAUAAAGGGGAGCCAUACCGGCGUGAAGGCGUCUUCUUCUAUUUGUCCCCGUGUCAGUUUCAGUUUAUUGGUUAAUUUUUCUAGUAAGGCUGUUUCCCAUACCACAUGGUACCAUUGGUAGGACACCCGUGGUUGAAUCUUGCCUGAGAAUGAGUUCAUUAGGUGGCCUUUGGCAAGCAAAUGUAGAGACAGAAAUCUUGGCCUUUCUUACUGGGCUCUUGUAAGAAUUGCAACAAGAUAUGGGCACUUGGACAUUCUAAAGUGCUGAAUAAAUCAUUACCACCACCAUCCUCUUGUGAUGUGUUUUCCUUGUGAUGUGAGUCCAUUCUACCUGCUGGCUUGUUGCUAAGGAAUUUAGACAGCAGUUAGGAAAACUUUUCUCGCCUCCUUUUCCCUCAUGCAGUUUCAGAAUUGAUUGAUGUUUGUUGUUUAUACGUUCAUAUAAAAGAUGAUACAGAUCAUAUUUCAGGCUUCCGAGACAUCCGAUUGCAAAGUACCUGGAAUCAUAAAGCAGCACCAGUUGGUUGAUAUACAAAUGUCAUCCACGUCAAAGGAUUUUUUUCCCAGUGACACAUGCAAUUGAAGUAAAAUAUUGUGCUUUACAAGAGUGUAUUAUUAAAAUGAAAAUGAGCAGGCAUAUCAGGAGCCUGGCCACGUAACCAAGACGACAAAGGAAAAGGGGAAAGACAGAUAGAACAGAGAACGAGGCGUAGGAUGGAGUGGGAUUUCCAAGAGGAAAUGUGAAAUACUGCAGGACAAAGGACUUGUUAGGUUUCAACGCUGUCUUAAAAGUUUGGAGUGAACAUCUGUCAUCUGUGAGUUUACCUUCCAAUGCAAUGCUAUGAGGUGUCUUGGACACCUGUGGUUGUUAAUGAUAUUGUGGCACUUUGCCUAUGAUAUAUAUAGAUGGGUAGUGUCUAGGGCAAAUCCCAUUCCUAGUAAUUACCUCCCUCCUGUUCCAGUUGGCUUUGGAAUAUUUGUCUUCAAGGAGUUCUCCCUCCCCCCUGCCUUGGACUGUCAUGCAAUAUUGAUAUAUGGAGCCAUAGAGCUGCCAGUUGCAUCGCAGAAGAAGAAGCUUCUAUGUGAUGGUUGAGAUGACAACUUGUAAGACGUGCCGAUAAUGAAUUAUCCUGCCUGACCAUUAGGGCGCACUCCGCGGAGAUGACUUGAGAAAAGCUUAGUGUAGAGUUUGUAUUAGCAAUGCGAACCUGCAUAAAAGUGCUGCUUGGGGUAUUCAGCUCCUAUAAAUCAAUGGAAAACAUCCAUUAGACUCUGUUACUGAUGGCCAAGAGGUGCAAGGUUUAGUGUGAGAGUGUUUCCUUCUUUGGAUUGCAAUUACAUCGACAAAGUGCCAGAGCCCUGCGAAGAAGGGAGCAAAAUGAUUCUCACCCUUUGUCAAGGAAGUUUGUAGGAUGGGACACAACUGCUACACCUCUGUAAAGUCAUUAGUUAGCAGUUAGGGAUGGGCAAAUCUGCUGAUUCCUGUUUCUCCUCCUUUUUCAUGUUCCCAGUCUUCAGUUCUCUACAUUUCCACACCGGUUUGUGAUUUGCUUAAAAAAAACACUUGCUGAUUUCCCCCUGCAUUUUAAUGCAAAUUUCUCCUAACGCACACCCUUUGAUGCAUUUUUCAUAUACACAUUUUUAAUACACACAUUUGGGCAAUGGAUUUCCCUUAAUAUAACACAUGCAUACAUAUUUUGGCUGGAGAACCACCUGACAAAAUCCAGAGGAAUGGCAGCAUUUUGGUUCAUAUAUUGUUUUGAGAAUAGACUUGACUUCGUAUGUGAACUAAACAGUUUUCUCCCUCCUGUCCACAGUGAAGAUGCUGCCCUGCUCUUUCUGACCUGAGAUUAUUUCAUAGGCCAGGAGCAUGGGCUUUUGUUGCUAUGGAAUGGAACCAGGUGUUUAACAGCAGAUGAGAGAUUCCUGACUACUCCAUAUUGCCUGCUGAUGAGAAGUGGCAUCUGGAACAUUUGCAGGAGUGACCAUGCAGGAUAGACCAUUCAAUUUUUCUCCAGCCCACUGCGUCUUCUCUGUAACUUUCCCCUCAACAGCUGCUCCCUGCUUUACAAGGAAAGACAUACUGGCAACUCAACUGGUGAAAUAGUGAUGGGUGAGAGAAUGUUCAGAAGGGGAAAUGGCUAGGCAGGGAAAGGUUAAACAUUCCAACUUCUCCUGGGCAAAUCAUAUAAUCAGAGAGUUGGAAGGGACCCCAAAGUUCAUCCAGUCCAACCCUCUGCUGCAAUGCAGGAAUCUCAACUGAAGCAUCCAUGACAGAUGGCCAUCCCACAUCUGCUUAAAAACAUCCAAGGAAGGAGUCCGCAACCUCCUGAGGGAGUCCGCUCCACUGUCAAACAGCUCUUACUGUCAGAAAGUUCUUCCUGAUGUUUAAGUUGGAUUCUCCUUUCCUGCAACUUGAAGCCAUUGCUUCAAGUCCCACCCUCUAGAGCCGGAGAAAACAAGCUUGCUCCAUCUUCCAUGUGACAGCCCUUUAGAUAUUUGAAGAUGCCCAUGUUUCAAUCUCCUUUUCCCCCAGGCUAAACAUACCCAGUUCCCUCAACUGUUCUUCAUAAGGCUAGGUUUCCAUACCCUUGCUCACCUUGGCUUCCUUCCUCUGCCCUUUGAAGGAAAAGGUCUGCUGCUGUCACCUCAUGUUUGGUCCUCAUGAUGCUGGCAUUAAGGACUUUGUGGGGAAUCCACAGCCCCUGCCUAUCACAAGACACCACUGAGCUGAACAUUUCCCAACGUGCUUCUGCAGUGACACUGCAGUGCACAAUGGCAUGGCUCUCCUCAUCUCCUUUCCGGACGAUGCUCCAACAAGAACGUUCCCCCUCUUGCUCUGAAGCUUGUUCUUUGGCCAAAUAAAAAUGCACAGCACAGCACCGCUGACGAAACACGACCGGCAGCCAAGUGCUGCCAGUCUUUGAAGUAGAGAUUGGAUCUGGAGGGGAUUAGAUCUUCCAUUUACAAAUCUCAUUCCAUGGUCACAAGAUCCGCAUCUCCAAUGACACGCUGAGAUGCCUCUAAAAUCAGAACAUCGGAUAAAGCGCAAGAGUCCAGCCCCAUUAAAAAAAGGAAGGCGGAGAUGGCAAGGAGAAGAGAGAUUAAUUUAGAACAAAGAUGACGGGCUUGGAAUGAGGACAUGAUAGUUUUCAAAAUUACAGAUGGGGCAAGGAAGGGGAGAAAGAGAAGUGAUUCUCUUUCUCACUCAAGAUAUUAGAAUUCUAUUGAAACAGGCCCGCUCAGGCCAAAUAAAAGAGGUCCUGUUCCCCAUUACUGUCAUAUUUAAGCUACAGGGCCUAAUCGUGUUUUGUAGGAAGCAAAUCUGCAAAGCAGUUAUGCAUUCUUAGCUCAGUGCACAAUUACCUUGUGCAUUUCCUCACCAUAAAACAUGAUCAGGAACAGUAGUUUAGAUAUGAAAAAUAAUGAGGAACAGGCCUUUCGGUGGCUGUUAACCAAUCAGUGUGCUCAGAGUCAGUAUGCCUCUGAGUAGCAGAUAAUGCGGCUGACUUUGCUCAGAGUUGUGUGGCUAUAGCUGCUACUGAAGAUGGAAUGCUAGACUGAAUGGCACUUGGUCUCAUCUCUCAAGACUGCUCCCUUUCUUGGCCACAGUUAAGUGGACUUAGUUCCUGGCAUAAAGAUAAAGCCUAGGGAUUUCUCCUCCUCAUAACAAUACUUUGAUAGGAAAAACAAAAAACUGUCUCCCUGUCCAUCAAGCUGCUUUGGUAUUCUGCAAGCAUCCUGCCCAAUUAUCCAAGCCCACACAUGACGACAGUCCUGCUCGUUCCUUGGCUGUGUUUUCCUCCGAGAAUGUGUUUUGAAAUAAACAAGUCCAUUUCCCUUUCCUUGCUACCCACAACAACAAACAGCUGUAAAGAUCUGAGCAGUCAAAAUAAGACUGAAUUAACACAAGCUCGAAGCAGGGUGGAAAUCCCACUUUCAGCUCCUUGCCCACAGCUCCUGAGAGCAUAGAUGACUGGAUCUCGCACAGUAGAACUGACAUGGGCUCCUGAGACCAUGGUGCAGAAAAGUGGGGAGAUGCAUGGAAAUUCAGGGCUGGAUUUUUGCACACCGCUUAAAAAUCAAAUCAAAUCCACCUUGAUUCCUAAGAUAUGCAUAAUUGAAUGGUGCUUACUAGCCAUUCAUAGCUAGUAUGGAGUGGCAAGCACGGAGAGAAGACUGAAAGGAGAUAUGAUAGCCAUAUUCCAAUAUCUCAAGGGCUGUCACAUGGAGGAUGGAACAAGCUUGUUUUCUCCUGCUCUGGAGGGUGGGACUCGAACCAGUGACUUCAAGUUACAAGUGAAGAGAUUCCAAGGAAAAACCAAGAAGAACUUUCUGACAAUAAGAGCUGUUUGACAGUGGAACGGUAUCCCUCGGGAGGUUGUGCACUCUGCUUUCUUCAAGGUUUUUAAACAGAGGUGGGAUGGCCAUCUGCCAUGGAUGUUUUACUUGAGAUUCCUGCAUUGCAGGGGGUUGGACUAGAUGACCCUCAGGGAUCCCUUCCAACUCCAGAAUUCUGUGAUUCAUGUCUCUGUGAAAUGCAGGUCUACCACAAUGGUAUAUGAAAUGGUGUGUGUGUGUGUGUGUGUGUGUGUGUGUGUGUCAGUUAGAGCAAAAGGAGUUGUGCCUGGGAGAUGCAUUAUUUUCCCAUCCUCUCCUGCUUUUUCCUACAUAGCCUGUCCCCCCAUUUCCCCCCUCUCAGACAAUACCCUGAUGGCAGCCAAUUCUGUACAUAAGAACACUGCAAGAGCCUGCUGCAUCAGACAAAUGGCCCAUCUAUUCAAGCAUCCUGUUGUGAGUCAAGGACCCGCCACCCGCGUAGGAGUAUAAUAAGACACAAAGACACAUUAUUUUAGGUUAAUGGGCAAAAUUAGGCCACAACUUUUAUUGGUUACAGCAUGUGAGUAGUAUUGGCUUAGGCACUGGAUGAAACAGCAAUACCAGACUCCACCCUGCACAGCCGGGAGUCAUAUCAGAGUUAACAACCAAUGGGAGGAGCUUGUUGAUGCAAAUACAACUGGAAGCUCCCCCAUGACGUCUCCGGGGGUCGUGCCAUGGCCCUAGCCACCAGCAGGGCAUCGGACAGGAUCCACGACCGCCGGAUUCCUUUAAUGGAAUACCUAAAAGAGGAGGGGUAGAUGAUGGCGCAUACCCAAUCCUCCAACACAGCACACAUAUUCCAAUGCCUAACCAUGAGCAGGAGCAGACUGGGAGCAGAUUGUGUUGUGGCUGUUUAAAUGCGGCUAGCCCUGCCCACCAGCCGGCCGUAUUGGUCGGCUGGAAGGCUUGGCUGCGGCAGCAGAAGCAAUCAGGAGCAGGGAGCGGAGUACGCCUCCUUACCCCAGUGGGAAGCUGCUCCCACUCACAACCCCUCCCCUCCGGGAGGAGAGGCCUUCUCACAGUGGCCAACCAGAUGCCUGUGGGGCAGAAAGCCCACAAGCAGGGUUCAAGAGCAAGAACACUCUUCCCCCAUGUGGUUUCCAGCAUCUAGUACCCAUUGCUGCUUCCAAGUGUGGAGACAAGAGCACAGCUACUCUGCCUAGUAGCCAUCAAUAGCCCUCUUAUCCAUGAAUCCAUCUAAUCCUCUUUUAAAGCCAUUUAGGUUGGUGGCCACCACUGCCGCAUGUGGGAGCCCGUUCUACGGUUUAACUAGGUGCCGUACGAAGAAGCGCUUUCAUUUCCCUGCCCUGAAAAGCUCGAGACCUUUCUGCUUGGAGCUGAUUUAAAAAGUGCUACAGGGAUCUUUGUGUGCCCAUACCUUCGGUCCUUGUGACUGCACGAGAAAUGGCUUCAUGGCUAUUUGGCAUGGAGAGGAAGAGCCCCGCUGUAGCUCAGUGGUGGAGCAGCUACUCUGCUUGCAAGAAGUUUCUAGGUUCAAUCCCUGGUGGCCUCUCCAGGGGACAGACCAUAGCUGUCAACCUUCCCCUUUUUUGUGGGAAAUUCCCUUAUUCCAGCGCCGUUUCCCACUGCUAUCCUGGAUUGUUAGAUAUCCCGUAGAUUGUCCCCGGGACAGGUGAGGCUGCUGAUCCCUUAUUUUCAAAUCUGAAAGUUGACAGCUAUGGGACAGACUCUUGUCUGAAGCACUCAAGAGCCACUGCCUGCCAGUGCAGGCUGUACAAAGCUAGAGAGGCCAACGGUCUAACUCAGUGCAAGGCAGAUUUCUUCAUACCUCGGGAUACAUAUGCUUCAGGUUACAGACUUCAUAAACCCAGAAAUAGUGUCUCAGGUUAAGAACUUUGCUUCAGAAAGAGAACAGAAAUCGUGCUCUGGCAGCACGGUGGCAGCGGGAGGCCCCAUUAGCUAAAGUGGUGCUUCAGGUUAAGAACAGUUUCAGGUUUAGAACGGACCUCCGGAACGAAUUAAGUAUGUAACCAGAGGUACCACUGUACUUAUUGCUCAGAUAAAUGACUCUCUUCCUUUCCCCAUAUAAGGGUGCCAUGAGCUACUAGUUCUCUAGCCUUCCUUCAAAUGGAUGGCAAAGUUAGGAUGUUUUCAAUCAGCCCAACUCUCGAUUCACGCCCAAUGAACGGCCUAACCCUCGACUCUCAUCUUGCAUUUGGUGGCGUGUCGCCUCCUUCCCACCCCCUUCUGCUUCAAUUUCUUCCGCUAUUUUCAGCGCCUUUUGCAUUUGCCUUUCAUUCCUGCGCCUCUCGCCUUCUGACCCCACUUACAGGCAGCCGGCUUAUGGGUGAUUCUCCUAAUUAGUUUUGCUUUCAUUUAAUCUUUUGAAAACAAAUUUUGUCAGAAUGAGACAGGGGUGGGGGAAACCUUCCACCCCUCCUUGCGCCUUCAAAAGCACAAUCUCUGCAUUUAUUUUCCGUUCCAUCGUUCUCCAGAUAGGACCUCAUUUGCAUAUUUGAUUAAGCUCUCUAUGUUAUCAGGGAGCUUGUUGGAAUAGCAGCCGGUCCGUGAUAAGACAGUGCAAACCCAUCUCUUUCUUCCUUCAGGAGCUGAGCUCCUCACCCAUCUGUCGGCAAUCUUUAGUCCCACGAUUCCCUCCUCCAUCAUCUUUGGGGUUUUCUAUUAUUGUUGUGUGUUUUUUCUCUCUCUCCUGUGUUUCAUCUUUUAAUGACCUGGCUCUUGAUCCCGGAUGCAUUCAGGAGCAGGCAGUUGGACAGAGAUCCUGGCAUCAGUUCCAUCACUGCUUUUUGUGGGUUUGUAAGGGAAAGGCAAGGGUGGUCUAAACCACAGAGCCUAGGGCUUGCCAAUCAGAAGGUCGGCGGUUCAAAUCUCCGCAACGGGGUGAGCUCCCAUUGCUCGGUCCCUGCUCCUGCCAACCUAGCAGUUCGAAAUCACGUCAAAGUGCAAGUAGAUAAAUAGGUACCACUCCGGCGGGAAGGUAAACGGCAUUUCCAUACGCUGCUCUGGUUUGCCAGAAGCGGCUUAGUCAUGCUGGCCACAUGACCCGGAAGCUAUAUGUCAGCUCCCUCGGCCAGUAAAGCGAGAUGAGCGCCACAACCCCAGAGUUGUCUGCGACUGGACCUAACGGUCAGGGGUCCUUUACCCUUUACCUUUAAGGGAAAGGCAGUAGACACUGGUGUUAAAUUUGCGUUUGCUUGUGGUGGUAGUGGUGCUGGGAGACAAGCGACCUCAAGUUUUCUGUGAUGCAGAAAGCCAGAGGAAGCAUAGAACUGGACCAUCUUUUUGUUGCACAGCGGUGAAAUAAUCAACACAGGGUCUUCUUUAUAAACAGAAUUAAACUUUACUGAAGGAAAUAAACUUGUUCAGAAACAGCAUAGUUAAAGAGCAUACACAGAGUGCUCAUAGCAGCUAUCUGACUCUUUACAGAGGCAUAGUCUUAGUUACUGAAUGAAUUGAUUUUAGAAUGUAUUUCAAUUAAUUGAUUGUGAUUUUACGUAAACUGUGCUAUUUUUACUGUUGUUAGCCACUCUGAGCCCGGCUUUGGCUGGGGAGGGUGAGAUAUAAAUAAAAAAAUAUUAUUAUUAUUAUUAUUAUUAUUAUUAUUAUUAUUAUUAUUGAUUUACUAGAGUCCUGGAGCCACUCUGUCUGCCUUAGCUUUACAUAGCAACAACAACAACACUAUUCCACAGACUACUCCAUACACAAUCCAUACAGCCUCUCUGACUGAGGCCCAUAGAGAGACUGGCUACUUUUAUAGGGAGAACGAGUCAUCACCCAAGAUAAGUCAUGAGUCACAGUGACUUAGCAGUUUGCUGAUAACAGCAGUUAGCAGGCUUAGGCUUGAAUGAUUGUGUAGGCCUUGUAGGCCUUGCUGCUGCUUCUGCUCUCAAGAACCUUUGUCUCAUGACACUUUUCUUGGGUACCAGAGGAAGCAAGCAAGCUAUAAAGGAAGAUCCUUCUAAAGCAUGAUAUUUCAAGUCAGGGUUUAGCCACACAUACCUUUUGCCAUGUUCUUUUGAGGCACAGGUCCACGCUUUAAAGCUCUGUGUCCAAAUGCCCACCUUUUUUUCUCUCCAGAGCUUUUCUUGCAAAAAUCUGCUCUUUAAAGCUUCAUUGGAGCAAACAGCUAUUAGGGUUUUCUGCAGGUUGACUUUGUUCCAAUUGAGCUAUGAAGUGGGGGUUUUCAUGGGGAAAGCUCUGGAGGAAAAGAAAGGAUGCUCAGACACGGAGCUUUAAAUCGUGGACCGUGCCUGGAAAGCGUAGAAGGAAAGGUAUGUGUGGAUAAGCCCUCAUUCUGACCUUUCCAACUUCACAGUUGGGCUGCCCUUGACGACUGUCUGGGCACUACUGUGAUCCAAGCACUAUACAAAUAAUCGAAAUAAACAGAAAUAAACAAAUAACGCUGCACUGCGGAAUAAGCGGCUCACUUCUUUGCUGGGGUGGACCACAUUUUUUUAAAAAAAGAAAUUGUUAUUUGAUAUCAAUACCCACAGUUCUGCCUGAUUAUUGAUACCCCCUCUCAAAAAAAGCAGUUUUUUAAAAAUCAGUGUUCACAUAUUGAAACCUGCGGAACAACAGUUUGCUAAAAUCGGAUGGGCAUCUCUCAGGGAUUCUUUAGCUGUGAUAUUUGGAUAAUAAAAGCACUUAUAUACCUAUAUACUAGAAAAGCAUAUAUGGAAUUGGAAUUGUAGGGAUAUAUAGUGAUAUAAUAUACCUGCCUCUUCUCUUCAUGCACUUUUUAUUUUUAUUUUACUUUGUUCCAUUGAAAUACUUUCAUAAAAUAAAAUGAAAAUAGCUAUGAUUCCUGCAUUGCAGGGAGUUGGGCUUGAUGGCCUUCGAAGUCACCUACCAACUCUAUGAUUGUAUGCUCAGCAAAGCAGAAAAAGUCAUGGCAUGCCCACAGAAGUCAAAAGUCAAAAUGCAGAUUGGUGUCAGCUGGAGCCAUGUUCUUACAUCUCGACAGAGCUAUAACUAAGCAGGCUUGCCCUGGGAGGGCAUUCCCUGCCCAACUGUACAACCAAGAUUGCCCUUUCCUCUGUGCCCUCCCACCAUUCUUCAGAUGGAGAAAGCACACACCCCUCCUAUGUGGGGGUCAGUGAGUUAUGCCUGUUGGGAUAUUCCAUUCCACCUUAAGAACAGACGUGUGGAACUGUUGUAUGUCACAUGCCUGUUUACACUCCAGCACAGCUUGCUGGGAUCUUCUGUUUUGUGUAUAGCUUUUGCUUAAGCUGUCUUGCGUUGGACACGAAGGAGAUCGGACAUGUUUUCCUUAUAUCCUGAUGUAUGCUGAAUAAACUGCUUGUAAAUAUGCUCACACAGCCUCUCCUGCUACUUCUGUUGCAUAGUGUUACCUCUGCUAAAUAGAGCAUGCCCUAGCUUUUGAAGUUCAGGUUGCUGAUUCAUGCUGCACCAAGGACUGGAGUUCGUCCGGGACACCGGCCGGUGGGAUGGAGCCAGCUGGGGGCCUGCCAAUUGCCCCCGCUUCCUUGGUUGUAUGCCAACAAUGCCAGUGUAGUGGCUCCCUCGGCUGCACAGUGUAGUGCAGUGGUCAGAGUGCCAGGUGGGUGCAGAAGGCACUCUCUGCUUGACUGGGCCUACCUCGCAGUGUUGUGCUAAAAAAGUGGGUGACUCUUGUGUACACCACCUGGGAGGGUGCAAAUAUGAAUUGGAAUCAUUUUAUUAUUAAUAUGCCACCCAUCUGACUGGGUUGCCCCAGCCACUCUUCCAGCAACGUAUUAAAAACACAAUAAAACAUCAAACAUUUAAAACCUCCCUGUACAGGGCUGCCUUCAGGUGUCUCCUAAAAGCCAGGUAAAUGUUUAUUUCCUUGACAUCUGAGGGGAGGGCUUUCUGAAAGGUGGACGCAAACACCAAUAAGGCCCUCUGCCUGGUUCCCUGUAACCUCACUUUUUGCAGUGAGGAAACUGCCAAAAGACCCUUGGAGCUGGAACUCAAAUGUAAUAAAAUAACAAAUUGAUCAAAAUUUUCCAGAUUUCCGUGAUUCAAACUUGCACUGCAAUGUGGAAACCACUUUUGUUUUUCCCAUUAUGUAUUGUUUUAUUUCCCAUCCUUCCUUCCUUCCUUCUCUCUCCUUCUCUUUUUCUGACACACUCUCUCUUUCUUUUUCUCCUUCCCCCCUUUUCUUUCUCCAACAGGCAGUUGUUGGUUCUGCUUGUGAAUUCUACCUUAGCUCAGGUCAUGUUCCAGUUACAGGCCUUGGCUUAACCACUUGAAGACAAAUACAGUCUUUCCUUGGGUUACAGAUGCUUCAGGUUGCGUUUUUUCGGGUUGCGGACCGCCAAAACCUGGAAGUACCGGAAUGGGUUACUUCCAGGUUUCAGUGGAUGAGCAGAAGCGUUAAAUCGUGCUUUGCACAUGCGCAGAAGACCCGAAUUGCAACCUGCGCAUGCGCAGACGUGCCGCUGCGGGUUGCGGAUGUUGUAGGUUGCGAACGUGUAUCCUGCACAGAUCACGUUCACAACCUGAGCAUCCACUGUACAUGUUUGGAUAGUGAAAAACAGCAUUUAUCUUAGCUUCACUUGAUGCCCAAGAUUGUGGUAGUGAUGGAUCGUUCUUUGUAAGCAAAGGUGAUUUUUUAAAAAAAAGUUAAAGGCAGAAAAAUAUGUCUCAAUUUAUUAGGGUGAGCAACUUUCAGCUGGGGUAGGAAUCCUAGCAGAAUGCUUAUUAAUGCUGGCUGUCCUGCUAUCCUGAAUGCUCAUCUCCUUAUGGUCACUGAAAUGAGCAGUUUGCGAAGCCUGCUAGACUCAUGUCGGGCCAUUUCCCUCUUUCUCUGCCUUUUGUUUGAGUAAAUGACCUUUAUAUAAAGGGACACUGUCGAGUCCCCUUUAGAAGUAAGAAUAAGAUAGUUGUGCCAACAUGACAUUGCUUGCCAAAACCACUCUUUGUGGGUGAUCAGGUGUGAAGGAGGACAGGUUCUUACACCUUUAAUUGUUGAGUCAAAGGUAGAUUUUUGGCAGGUGCAUCUUGAGGUGCUGGGGUGAUUCUAGCCCCAUUGGGUGCAAUAAAAAUGUGUUGGGAAAGCUCAUGGGGAAUGCCUGAAGAAAUAUCAGAAGGAAGAGAGGAGUGGAUGUUCCGCAUUGCCUUCCCUUGUGAUAAGCAGAAGCAGAGUGAACAAUGCAGAAUAAUAAAAAUGGCAGAAUAAAUAAAUUAUGACAAAGGACAAGUAUGCAUAUCUGCAAAACUGCAUAAAUUAUGCAAAGUUGCCCAAGUCAUACAGAUUGCAGAAAUUCAGGUUUCCUCGUCACCAAAUGCAUGCAUUUUUCAUCACCAGGCACGCAACCCUGUCCCUGGUUUUAUUUAUUUAACAUGGGGCUACCUUCUGUAUAAGAGUUCAAACUUGAGGGAGUGAGGUUGUGUGCUGUGGCCCCACUCCCAACUUCCAUGUGUUGGGGGAAUGUGCGAGUAAAACUUCCGAAGAUGCACAUGGUUAAGCAGAGUAGUUAAAUAUGAGAUCCAUUCGGUGUGGGUGUGAUCCAUGAGUGCUACCAGCUCUGGCCUGUUCCUUUGUCUGGGUAUCAGUCUAGUUGAGGUCUCGCCUGUAUGUUGCUGAAGGAAGCUAGGAAAGCAGCCAUUGACAACCCCUUUUUUAUGGGACCUCAUGGAUUAGUCUUGGUAUAUGGAGGAAACCACAUGGAAGCAAAAUGAAUCAUGGGAGCUUCCAGUUGUCCACUUCCAACCAUUCCAGUUCUAAGUCAGUUGCAGCCAAAACAACAGAGAAUUUUAUGGCCUCUUACAAACAAAGAAUGGAGAACUCCAGAUGUUGCUGGACUCCAACUCCAGGAAGUCUCAGACAACAUGACCAAUGCUCAGGGGUGAUGAGAGUUGUAGUACAAUAACCUCUAGAGGGCCAUGGGGUUCACAACCCUGUAAUAGACCGAUAGAUUCUCUGUGGAGUAUGCUUCCAUGGGCAAGAGACCACUUCGUUAGAUGCAUGAUGUAGUCUCCUAAGUUGGCUUGCAUAUGUGCCUCAAGUUCUGAGAGAAGUAAACACAGUUGGUUUCCCCCCAACAACGAAGCAUGACCAGAAGACCAAGCAAUGCAGGAGAUGCACAUGGUUAAGCAGAGUAGUUAAAUAUGAGAUCCAUUCGGUGUGGGUGUGAUCCACUCUUGACUUGUGGCAGCCACUGGUGAUGAAUAGGCACAACGAGAUCAAGAAUGUAACUGAAAAUUUAAAGAGAAACUUCUGUAGUGCAACAAAAUAAAAAAAUUCCUUCCAGUAGCACCUUAGAGACCAACUAAGUUUGUUACUGGUAUGAGAUUUUGUGUGCAUGCACACUUCUUCAGAUACACUGAAAUAGAAGAAGUCUGCAUGCACACAAAAGCUCAUACCAAUAACAAACUUAGUUGGUCUCUAAGGUGCUACUGGAAGGAGUUUUUUAAUUUUGUUUCGACUACGGCAGACCAACACGGCUACCUACCUGUAACUUUAUGUAGUGAGUAAGGAAUUCCCAGGAGCAGCUGAGACCAGGUUCCACAACGCCAAAUUUGCAAUUUUAUUCCUGUUGUGCAUCUUCAUCAUGCAGGAGUCUCCUUCUGAAACACUUUUGUUGAAGUACAGUGACUUCAAGGCCUGGGAAAACAAUGUUCGUACUUUCGGCUCACCAUUUUGGGGAUCUGAUUUGAGUCUCGUUCUUUUCUUCCAUAGGCAGUGAUAGAAAGUUACAACAACAGUAGACUACAAACAGAUUAAAACUCAAAUAAACUUUCUGAACCUCCAGGGUGGCUUGUCUAAACAAGGACAUUUUUUAGCAGGUGCCAAAAAGAGUACGGAGAAGGCGCCAACCUAAAAUCAAUAGGCAGGGAGUUCCGAAGUUUAGAUGCUGUUGCACAAAAAGUUUGUGUUCUUACAAAUGCAGAAUAGAUAUUAUGUACCAGCUGCACUUAUCAAUGAGGUCAAGUGGGCUUGUUAAAGGUAAAGGGAUCCCUGACCAUUAGGUCCAGUCGUGACCGACUCUGGGGUAGUGGCGCUCAUCUCGCUUUAUUGGCCGAGGGAGCCGGUGUACAGCUUCUGGGUCAUGUGGCCAGCAUGACUAAGCUGCUUCUGGCGAACCAGAGCAGCGCACUGAAACAUUCUUUACCUGCCUGCAGGAGCGGUACCUGUUUAUCUACUUGCACUUUGACAUGCUUUCGAACUGCAAGGUUGGCAGGAGCUGGGACCGAGCAAUGGGAUCUCACCCCAUCGUGGGGAUUCGAACCACCGACCGUCUGAUCAGCAAGCCCUAGGCUCUGUGGUUUAGACCACAGUGCCACCCGUGUCCCCUCAAGUGGGCUUGUAUGGGGUAUAAAUAAGACAUGUGGCUCAUUAAGUCUUUUUUGACAUGCCUGGUAAUAUUUUGUCCCAUGAUAGAGCUGUUUGAAUAAAGAGUUGGCACUUUUUGACUUGCGUUUCCUGUGAAUCAGGGAUGGGAAACCUGUGACUACAACUCCCAUAAUCCAUGACCAUUGAUUAUACUUGGGGACAAUCCAGUAAGACCUGCAGGGCCACAAGUUCCCCAUCCUUGUUGUAAGAUGUGGCUUAUAUCCUUUCCUUACACCUCAUGCAAUUUGAAACCCAGUUACUGUAUUAAUGAGUGGUAUCAUGCCUAGUGAUAACCCCGGCAGCCUUCACACUCUCCUCUUGCCAGGACCCAGGCAUGCACUUUUGGAAUCCAUCUGUCUUGGGAGUUCCUGCAACUUCCUCUGAACUGACAGCUGACUAUAAAUUCUGAAGCUUUCAGGGAGAGGUUAUCACUGGGGCUGGCGGAAAUCUCUCCAUAUUAAUUUUUCAGAACCUUCCUGAUGAAAUCUAAUUAAACACAGCAACCCCGGCAGUGUGCAAAUCUCCUUGUGUUUGUCUCAUUUGUCGUCGGCGUGAUUAAGGGGCAGGGGGGAUCGGAGCGGGGGGGGGGGCGGUGGUCGUUGUUACUCGCUGCAUCAGAUGAGGCUGUGGCACAAAUAUCACUGAUCCUUUGAUCCCUUCCCCUCCUAAGCUUUUCUGUUUUUGUAGCUUUCUCUUGUAGCUUUCUCCUGGAUUGUUUGUUUUGUGUUUGUGCGCGCGUACGCGAUCAAUUUAGCUCCUCGGGGCUUGAAGGAACAUAUUGAUGACAGACUAAAGUUGUGCAACGAAGGUGUGCUUUGCAUGCUAAUAGACGCUCCUCUGACCCUGCAGAUAUCUCAUCCAAGUUAUUGGUGGCUGAGCCUCUUGCCUAGUGGGCUUCCUUUGCAAAUGGGCUUUUGGAUAUGCUUGCUUUUCCCUCCUAGCAGACGGCUUUCUGUCUGCGAUCUGCAGUAUCUUGAAAUCCUCUGCCUUUAAGCACUUAGCAGGGGUCAGCAAACUUUUUCAGCAGGGGGCCAGUCCACUGUCCCUCAGACCUUGUGGGGGGCCGGACUAUAUUUUGGAGUGGGAAUGAACAAAUUCCUAUGCCCCACAAAUAACCCAGAGAUGCAUUUUAAAUAAAUUGACACAAUUCUACUCAUGUAAAAACACGCUGAUUCCCAGACCGUCUGCAGGCCGGAUUUAGAAGGCGAUUGGGCCGGAUCCAGCCCCCGGGCCUUAGUUUGCCUACCCAUGACUUAGUCUUAGGGAAAUACAUCACAUUUCCCUAGAAAAGAACAGUCCGCCAAGAAUAUAAUCAGAGAGGCAGGUAUGGGAGUUCCUCCUUAGGCAAAACCAAGUUUGAGGGACGGGGUGUGAAAAGAAUUACAGCGAGAGCACCAGCAGCAUUUCGUAGGCUGGUUGAAGGAUCAUGCAUCCUAAACACUGCACCUCCUGUGCGAUUCAAGGGGUUUCAUGCACACGAAGCUCCACAUCUUAUCUAAUGCAUAACUAAAGGUAAAGGUAAAGGGACCCCUGACCAUUAGGUCCAGUUGUGGCCGACUCUGGGGUUGUGGUGCUCAUCUCGCUUUUUUGGCUGAGGGAGCCGGCGUACAGCUUCCGGGUCAUGUGGCCAGCAUGACUAAGCCGCUUCUGGCGAACCAGAGUAGCGCACAGAGACGCCGUUUACCUUCCCGCCGAGUGGUAUCAAUUUAUCUACUUGCACUUUGACGUGCUUUUGAACUCCUCGGUUGGCAGGAGCAGGGACCGAGCAACGGGAGCUCACCCCGUUGUGGGGAUUCGAACCGCCAACCUUCUGAUCGGCAAGUCCUAGGCUCUGUGGUUUAACCCACAGUGCCACUUGCGUCCCCUAAUGCAUAACUAAGUAACGCAUAACUAAGUACAGUGGUACCUCUGGUUAAGAACUUAAUUUGUUCCGGAGGUCCGUUCUUAACCUGAAACUGUUCUUAACCUGAAGCACCACUUUAGCUAAUGGGGCCUCCUGCUGCCGCCGCACCACCAGAGCAUGAUUUCUGUUCUCAUCCUGAAGCAAAGUUCUUAAUCCGAGGUACUAUUUCUGGGUUAGCGGAGUCUGUAACCUGAAGUGUAUGUAACCUGAAGCGUAUGUAACCUGAGGUACCACUGUAAAACUUAGUUGACUGCCGCCCCGUUGGAACUAAAGGGAGAAUUCUUUUGUCAACCGAAACCCUCUUCCAUCACCUGCAUUCAGAAGCUCUGGCAUUGUUCCCUUCCCCUGUUAAGGCAAGUCCCACUUGCACGCCACUUAACAUGACAGAUUUGACAUUGCAAUGCCUUCUGCUCUCCAUCCUGAGGGCCCCCACAGCUUGGGACGAGGAUAUCGCUGGCGCAGAAUGCAGAUCAGCCAUCAGUCCCUGUUGCCUGGUGCCAGAGAUCUGCUGGCAGACACUGGUGUGACUUUGCAUUUUGUUUUCUGUAUUGUUAGCCCUGUCGGUAGUAAGUGAUUGCAUUAACUGCUGCUUAUUUGUCUGUGGGGAGCUCAGCAACCAUUUGGUAUCAUUUCUCUCCCCCCCCCCACUCCCCAGAGAGAACUGGCUCAGUUUUGGCUGCUUCAUCCCUUGCUCUCACCUCUAUGAUUUAGCCGUUGCUAUCCUGAUUUGCAAAUAUUUGGGAGGGGGCAUCCCUCACCCCCAAGCAUUAAUUAUGUUAUACUCAUGCAUAUGUGCUCACAGGUACAAAUAGUUUGACAUAGUCCUGUUUGAACCCAUGUGCAGGCUGAAGUAUUUCUGAAUGUGGGUGUCACAGUGAUAUUUUUCUAGAAAAAGAGGUGCCAGAACUCACCACGAACUUCUCCCUUGUUCUCUUUUUAUAAUGGCAAUGGCACCCAUCAGAGAAGUGCUGGAGCUCAGCUGUGGCUGAGAAAACAAGCCCUGGUUGUGCAUCUUAUGAUCGAAUGCAAAAGUGAUCCCUAUAUAAAGGUAAAGGUAAAGGGGCCCCUGACCAUUAGGUCCAGUCGUGGCCGACUCUGGAGUUGCAGUGCUCAUCUUGCUUUAUUGGCUGAGGGAGCUGGCGUACAGCUUCCAGGUCAUGUGGCCAGGAUGACUAAGCUGCUUCUGGCGAACCAGAGCAGCGCACGGAAACGCCGUUUACCUUCCUGCUGGAGUGGUACCUAUUUAUUUACUUGCACUUUGGCGUGCUUUCGAACUGCUAGGUGGGCAGAAGCAGGGACCGAGCAACGGGGGCUCACCCCAUCGCGGGGAUUCGAACCGCUGACCUUCUGAUCAGCAAGCCCUAGGCUCUGUGGUUUAACCCACAGCGCCACCAGCGUCCCUUGAUCCCUAUAUAUGCAAGACUAUAAAGGAUUAAGUCUAGAACCAGCCUUCCUGAUGAGGAAGUUUGUUUUUAUGCAUGUGUGUGUGUGGGGGGGAGUUUUGUUUGGAGGAGUGAGCCCUCAUCUCCAGCUGAGAGACAGGUUUACCACCUCUCUGAGAAUAGUUAAGCCAGGGGUCAGCAAACUUUUUCAGCAGGGGGCCGGUCUGCUGUCCCUCAGUCCUUGUGGGAGGCUGGACUAUUUUGGAAAAAAUAAUAAUGAACGAAUCAAGUCUUACCCAUGGUUAAAUUGCCAUAAAUUGGUAUUGCUUUUCAUUUAAAUAUAAUAACAUACAGUGGUACCUUGGUUGUUGAACUUAAUCCCUUCCAGGAAUCCAUUUGACUCCUGGAACCGUUCGAAAACCAAGGCAUAGCUUCCGAUUGGCUGCAGGAGCUUCCUGCACUCAAUUGGAAGCCAUGCAAGUUGCAUCAGACGUUGGGCUUCCCAAAAACAUUUGCAAACUGGAACACUCACUUCCAGGUUUGUGGUGCUCGGGAGCCGAUUUGCUCGGAAACCAAGCCGUUCACCAACCAAGGUACUGCUGUAUAACUACAGUAACCUGCCCAGCGGUACAGUUGUACUAAGUUUCACAUGCAAUACAUAGUACAGUGGUACCUCUGGUUGUGAACGGGAUCUGUUCCAGAACCCCGUUCGCAACACGAUCAGAACGCAACCUGUGCCUGCAUGUCUGCAUGUGCACGGGUUGUGAUUCGCCGCUUCUGCGCAUGUGCGUGACAUCAUUUUGAGCGUCUGCGCAUGCGCGAGUGGCAAAACCCAGAAGUAAGCCUUUCUGGUACUUCCAGGUUGCCGUGGGACGCAACCUGAAAAUAUUUAACCAGAAGCAAACGUAACAAGAGGCAUGACUACACACAAGCAAUACUCUUAUUUAUAUAUUAUCAUUUCAAGCAGCCUGUCCACAGAGAUUCUUCUUCUGAGCAUGGAUUAAAAGUAUAUUUAGGAUCUACAUAGACCGCCAUAGCUCUCCUUUCUGCAACAUCUCUAGUCUUGCUGUGUCCCUGUGGGUAUACAGGGUUUUUUUGGUAUACUGUAACCGAAACUCUGCAACACAGAUCACUUGGCUAUCUUAAGUGUACACUCCAAUAGGUAGUGACAGAAAACAUGACAUGUUUGUUUCUGGAAGUUCCAGAAAACCUGGUUUUAAAAAUUUGUUGCUGUAUCUUAUUGCCAGCGCAGCUAGAGGAUAGCAAUGGAAAUGAGUGUCUACAGGUUUCUUUUGCUCCCAGUGUCUACUCAGGUAGAUUGCUUCAGGUUUGAAAUAAAAAAAGUAUAUUCUAUCUCAUUUAUAAAGGGAAAGAAAGAAAGCCAAGUCUCACCAAAAGUGUCUAUCCUUGAAGUGUCUUUAAUUACCCUUCUGUGGCAAGUAAGGCAUUCCAACACAGCCACAUUCCCAAUAUUAUUUAACCAGAUUCCAAUGGAGAUUUCUAUGGGUUGUUUCAGGCUAUUGUUCAUCGGGCUGCGGAUAACAGUUAAAGUACAAAAUCUAUGCAUAAUGAUAAUAAGGUAAGAACCUAAUUGGGCAGGAGGGGUUGCUGCAUAAUUUUGGAAAUAAUGUGAAACACCUUCCACCCCCCCACCCCAAAUUUGCCAACCUGCAACUCCACCUUGCAUGAAAAUAUGAGCCCGUCUCUCCACAGCCUUUCCACCAUAGGGGCAGAUGCUGGUGUUUAUUUUGGAUGAAGUGCAGUGCCAGUGAAAGACAAUUUUGAGAGAAUCUUCCUGCAGGCGAGCAGAGAUUGUUCGUAGGAAUGGGUUCCUUGGAGGGUUUUAAACAGAGGUUGGAUGGCCAUCUGCCAGGGAUUCUUGAGCUGUGAUUCCUAUAUUGCAGGAACUCUACAGUUCUAUGACUCUGUGAAGCCAUUGCCAUGCAAGACUCCAUACUUUCUCUUGCUGCUGUUGACCCAUUGAAAGGCAACGCACCACCCUUUCCCCAUCCUCUGUGCCUCCCUCUUCCUCUUCCCCCCCCCCCCGACACUCACCAUAAAUUAGGUUACAAUGCGUAUAUUGAAUUUCCCUUCAGUCUCUGGUGUUGUGGCACAUCUGCGAUACCUCCUGCCGUUAAUGGCUUUGCACACAAAAACGAAGUGUAAUAAAGGUUAUGAUGGUUGUGUUUUAACCUCCUGGCCCCCAUUGUAUGCGAGACUGGCGGGGGCUUCUGGGGAACAGUUAACUCCCAUCCGCACCCCCCCACUGCAUUUUCAAUGCCUCCCGCUAGAUAACAUGGCUUCUUUGAGCUACCCUGCUGCUGCUUCGGGUUGGGUCUGCCUUUAUUCAUGGAACAAAGCAGGGAAACUGAAAUAUACUCGGAGUCGAGUGCGGAUUUCAAACUCUUUAUUCAGCUCAUAGUAGUGAGGAAUGGAAGUUCCCCCGAAAUGUCUGCUUUAUAUACAUUAUUUACACAAUGGGCCCCAUGUGAUUGGCUGAUUCUGGGAUUCUCCUGUAGGCCAAUCAGGUUGCGGAUUCACUUCCACCUGGAGUUGGAUUGGGUGGCUCCUGCAGACCAAUCAGACUGCUGCAUUCUGGAUCCUAUUGUUCUAGGACCAAUCAGACUGCUGCAUUCUGGAUCCUAUUCAACUCAGUACAUAACAGAAACGUUCUAUAAAUAUACUUGCUCAUAUGGCGAAGAUGGAGAGAUUGUUUUCACUCUCAAAGGGAGUAAUAGAUUUGAGAGAGGUGGGUGGCGGUGCGUGGGGAGAGCAAUAGAAAAGUGUGGGGAAAGUGAUGGAGAAAAGGGACCACGGAAGGAGAAAAGUUAAAGACUGAAGGACGGUUCAUCAGGAAGUUCUCCAGCUCCACUGACAUGAGCCUGCUGUGUCUGCAGUAAGUAGCAGUCGCAGCUGGCAGCGGUGUGGGAAUCCUGGCUUGUCUCAGUUGGCAAACAGGCUCAGGCUGUCCCUGGACAGACUCCAUUUAUAAAACAAGAGCCUGUGGGAUCAGGCCAAAGGCCGAUCUAGUCCAACAUCCUCUUCUCAAAGUGGCCAACCAGAUGCUUGUGAGAAGCCUGUAAGCAGGACAUGAACACUAUAGCAAUUCUCCCCAUUUGUGAUUCCCAUAAACUCGUAAUCAGAAGUACCACUACCUUGAGCUGUAGAGGCAAAGCAUAGCCAUUGUGCCUAGUAGCCGUCAAUAGCCGUUUCCUCCAUUAAUGUGUCUGAUCCUCUUUUAAAGCAAUCUAGGUUGGUGGCCAUCAUUGCCUCCCUUGGGCUUGAGUUCCAUAGUUUAGCAAUGCGCUGUGUUAAUAAGUCCUUCCUUUUAACUGUCCUGGAUCUCCCACCAUUCAGCUUGCUUGGAGGUUCUUGAGUUCUAGUGUUGUGAUGGAGGAAGAAGAACUUUUCUCUAUCCACUUUUUCCAUGCUGUGUUUAACUUCAUAAACAUCUAUCAUGUUGCCUUAUGCUCACCUUAUCUCUAGACUAAGAAAGUCCCAAACGCUGGGACCUUUCUUCAUAGGAGAGUUGCUCCUUCCCCUUGAUCACUUUGUUGCCCUUGUCAUCACCACCAUCUGCUUAGCAGGCGCGUCCAACUUCCAAGAGACUGCGAUCUACUCCCACUAUAAAAAAAAUGGCAGUGAUCUACCCAUCAAAGUUGUUGAGCUUUGAGUUAUGUUUGUUGGGGGAGUGAUUGGGGUCCCACGAUCAACCGGAAUCGACCAGGGACAGCCCGCAAUUGACCGGUAGAUCGCUAUCGACCUUUUGGACACCCCUUGCUUAGAGCAUACUCUCCAACAUCCUGCUGGUCAAACUCGAGAUGCUCUAUUUUUUGGUCUCCCCCUCUUUUGGUCCAGCGUCUGGCCUGAGCCUGCUGACUCAACGCAAGAGCAAAAAAAUGGGACAUUCCAGGACCCAAUCAGAAGCUGGGAUAGCUGGUAAUUCUGGGAUGUCCUGCUCAAACCGAGACUGUUGAACGGUACGUUAUAGUAGGCCCAAAUAGGAGCAUCCCAUAAAUGUGCAUGGCUGGCAAAACAAACAAACAAACAAACAAACAAACAAACAAACAAACCACUUCCUAUCCCAGAAUACACCACCUGUGACGCAGGAAUGUUUUGCAAUUUUCUGAAAAACUUGCUCCUUCCCAACAAACAGCCCAUUUCCCUCCUCUUUCAAAUGAGUUAAACAAACAGCCCUUUUCCUGCUCGGAGGUAGACGAUUUAAACACUGACAAGGGUGAGGGCUGGGAAGUAGCGGGUGGGGCGCUACCAGUUAGCUGCUGUUACUUGCCUGACCCACAUCUUGUCCUGUGGACCUUGGAGCUUGGCUCUGGUGCUCAUGCUCUGGCGCUGGGGCACUACCAGAGCAGAGGUUAUGCAAGAGGUUGGCCGUUUCUUGACAUCAGAGCUGGCCUCCCUCGGAGGGGAAAUCUCAGAUGCCCUUGGAGAUGGCAGGAGAUGUAAAGCCGGCAACCUUUACCCUACAGGACCACGGGGAGGAGGAAGCCCAGCAAAUGCAGGAGACAGAAGGGCAAGCAGGGGGGAAUAAAAGAGUGGUUCCACUUUUCGGCAUGCAGAAGGACAUACAUUUCUGGCAUGUUAGCGGAGUCAGACACCAGCAGUAGCAGAAUACCAAUGGGAGGCCUGCAGGCAAAGUCAAGUCAUUAUUUAAUAAUAAUAAUAAUAAUAAAUUUUAUUUAUACCCCGCCAUCCCUGGCCAGAGCCGGGCUCAGGGCGGCUAGCACCAGUAAAAUUGCAAUAAAAACAUAAUGGGGGGCAAUUUAAAACACAGGUUAAAAUGCAAUUUAAAAUGCAGCCUCAUUUUAAAAGUAGGCCAAAGAUCAAAACUAUAAGGGGAGGGAAACAUAAGGGUCUGACUGAGUCCAAACCAAAGGCCAGCUCUGUCUUGCAGGCCCUGCAGAAAGAUGUCAAGUCCUGCAGGGCCCUAGUCUCUUGUGACAGAGCGUUCCACCAAGUCGGGGCCAGUACUGAAAAGGCCCUGGCCCUAGUUGAGAGCAAUCUAACCACCUUGCGGCUUGGGACCUCCAAAGUGUUGUCAUUUGUGGACCUUAAGGUCCUCCGCGGGGCAUACCAGGAGAGGCAGUCCCAUAGGUACGUGGGUCCUAGGCCGCAAACUGAUAUGCAAACUGAUAUGCAAAGCUUCCUCGCCUCUUCCACUCCCGAUCUCUACUCAGUCCUUAUCCUUUGGCUUUCAAGGGGUGCAAUUCCUGUGCAUCACCCCUUCUCCUAAAUUUCAGCCCCUGCUUCCUAAAUCUUCUGGCUUGACAGGGAGCAACCAUUAGCUGUUUCAACCCAGGCAGCAAAAUCUCACUGGUGGUCCCUGUGUCUAGCAGCUGAGAUUGUCACCAGAGCUCCUGAAGGGGGGAAGGGGCUGUAGCUCAGGAGAACACCUGCCUGGCAUGCAGAAGGCCCCAGGCUCAAUCCCUGGCAUCUCCAGGUAGUGAUGGGAGAGAAGCCUAGAAAGCCACUGCCAGUUAGUAUAGUCCAUGCUGAACUGGAUGGACCAAUGGACUGACUGUGCACAAGGCAGUUUCCUAUGUUCCUCAUCCUCUGAGUGCCCUCACCUGUGGAUCUGAGGCAGGUGGAUGCUGGAGCGGGGCCUUUUCAGCUCUGGCACCCUGACUACAGAACUUCCUCCAAACGGAGAUCUGCCUGGUAUCCUUAUUACUGUCCUUGCAACAUGUCAACGGGCUGUUAGGAAUGCAGGUUUAUUCACAAGUCAGGAAGCGCAAUCAGCUUUUAUUCACAAAAGUAAAAACACAGCAGAGUUCAUCUAGGCCAGCGGUUCUCAACCUGUGGGUCCCUAGAUAUUGUUGGACUACAACUCCCAUCAUCCCUGAGCUCUGGCCUUGCUAGCUAGGGGGGAUGGGAGUUGUAGCUCAACAACAUCUGGGGACCCACAGUUUGAGAAAGGCUGAUCUAGGCUAAUCUUCCCUCGUUGAAGAUGUUGCUGGGACUGGCGUCUGGCCUCUCCUUCUCUCUCUAGCCCUCUCUCUUUGGACUCUUCUCAAGUAGCCAUAAACUGUGGUGAGGCGGGGGUGGUGGAUCUGCCUCUGGGCCUGUCUGCUCAGUGAGGCUCUUCAUUAUCUGGGUGUCAGUGGAGGAGGAGGGCUAGCUGAAGUGGGGCUGUCCAACUGCUGAGCAACUGAACCAGCGCCUGGCUCCUCUCUGUCAAGACUGCAUGCUCACACUGAGAUGCACAGCCCAGUCCUGUCCUGGAACGGCUUUCUUCUUCAGACCCCUCUGUGUUCACUCAAACCUCCUGCUUCCAUCACCACCCAGCUUGUCCCUUCUGCAGAGUGGUUCUCGGUGUCCCACCACCACUGUCCUGGGUCUAAGUCUUCUGUUGGGAUUUUUGACACGUACCAUUCUGUGCAGCUUCACACAGAGUCAAUUAAGCGUUGGCCGAAAGCCAAGGAUGACUGAGCAGACCGCCUGGAGAUAUGAGACCUUGGAUACAGCUCUACCAUUGGUUGAGGUCUCACACAGGCAUGAUGACUUAUGACCUUUACUGACUGGAAAGUUUAUUGGUCAGUGUGGUGUUCUGAGAGUCGUCUGGAGUUUGUGAAGAGAGAGCUAGUUAAGAUCUGUUCUGUUCUUGUAUAUAGUAACUUGUAGAGUCUGCUGUAAAUAAUAAACUCAUCUAAGUAACCAAGUUACUAGUAGCAGCGUUUUGUUCCUGCUUCGUCCAUCCUGCCUGCAACUGAUUGCUUUCUGGAACUCUGCAUAUGCUCUGCUAAGGUCCUGCAACAGGUCAAAGUUGCAAAACACCAACAUCUUCAUCUGUGUCAUCUCGGGGGGGGGGGGAUUCUUGGACUGGCAUCUCCCACCACUCUUCUUCAUCCAGCCAGUCCCUGACUCAAUGUCCGUUCCGUAUAGAUGAGCUUUUGCUAGCUUCGCUGAUUUGUUGCAUUUGCUGGUGUCUUUUUCUUUUUUUCUUUUACCUUGGCCUCAGGUUGGCCUGUUGUUUCCUGAAUUAUUUAACUGCUGCUUCCAUUCCUAUUAUUUAUGCAUAAUUGCAUGCACUUUGAUUUCAUUUGCCUUUUUUUGUGAUUUUCGUUCGGAGAUCUCCCAACAAGCUUCACCAAAUGCUGACUUGGGCAGGAAGGCGGUAUGCAAAACAUUUGAAUAAAGGGACAAAUGCAUGCAUGAAUCAUAACCAUGGCCGCAAACUCUGCAGGCAAAUCAAGCGCCUCGGGUUCUCUGCAUACAUUUGCUUUACAGUGGUACCUCUGGUUGUGAACAGGAUCCGUUCCAGAGGCCCAUUCGCAACAUGCAAAGCCUGGAACCUGAAGCGCCAUGUCUGUGCAGGUGCGUGGAGCGAUUUGGCACUUGUGCGCAUGCGCAAGCGGCAAAACCUGGAAGUAACCCGUUCUGGUACUUCCAGGUCACCGCAGGACUCAACCUGAAAAAAUGUAACAUGAAGAAAAUGUAACAUGAGGUAUGACUGUAUUUAUCCCGCUUGUAAAACGUGAGUUAUCGUUCUAUGGUAGAGUCUGGGGGUGCUGAUGGGGCAGAAUAGACAGGUAAGGUGGGACAUGGAGGACAACACAGGCAGAAGGAAAAGCUCUGCUGGAACAGGUCAGAGACCCAUUUGGUCCAGCAUCCUGUUCUCACAGUGACCAACAGGCAGUGGCAUAGCAUGGAUUGCCAGCUCCCGGGGCCACAUGGAGGUGGUGGGAGGGAGGAAGGAUAACCAACAGAGUACAUAUGCGCAUUCAGCGGCCUAACCGUGUCCAUGUCACUCAGAAGAUCGCAGCUACACAUAUAAGAAAUGCAGAGUCUUUCCGUGGAAAAGCCAUUUUCAGUGGAGCCUAGUGAUGGAGGCACUCAGCUGUAUUGAGGCAGCACAGGAUGUUGGAGCAGAUGGGCUGCUGGCCUGAUCCAGCAGGCUCUUCUCAUGUUUUAGAACAUGGCAACACAUGUUCCAGGAAGGCUUAUUUAUUUCCUAUUCGUCCAAGGAUCAUGCUGUGUUCUAACAAACAUGCUGCUGAUUUUAUUCCAUCUCCGCUGCAGAACCUCAAUUUGCUCCUCAGGCUUUCUCAUCCAAAUCCUUCCAUAGUAUGUUCUUAAGCAGGGCCUGAGAAGGAUAAACAGAAAAGGGGCAGUUGUGCAAUCCUGCGCUGUGAGGAGCAUAAAUGCUGUUCAGAGUCUGCAAACUGUGAGCAUUGUUUUUAGCUUCUUCUUCAUAAAAUAAAAGCUUUUGGUUUUAAAAUCAGACUCUGUGCUUUUUGGUUUGGUGGAUACUUCCAUGCUCAUACCUCAAGGUUACUCACCUUUGGCCUGGGGUCACUCACAAAUUUAGCAUUUGAACGGAGGACUUAACAACCAGUUCUUUAAGGCUUAUUCUACCUAUCGAUGCUAUUGAUUUUUCAAUUGGAAGUGGUGGUCAGUAACAGCACUUCCAAACUCCCAGGGGGGCCUUAUCCUGCCAUCUCUAGCUUGAGAUAAUACAUUUGUAAAUGCCCUUGUCACUAGGUCUGCAAGCUGGAUAAAUUCUGGCUUCUGUAAUCACCUGCCAGGAUUUGUCUAUGUGCAACUGCAAGCUCACAGUGGAUUUGUGUAGCACUAUCAAGACAAGUCAAGGGACCUGGGUGGUGCUGUGGGUUAAACCACAGAGCCUAGGGCUUCCCGAUCAGAAGGUCGGCAGUUCGAAUCCCCGUGACGGGGUGAGCUCCCGUUGCUUGGUCCCUGCUCCUGCCAACCUAGCAGUUCGAAAGCACGCCAAAGUGCAAGUAGAUAAAUAGGUACCGCUCCGGCAGGAAGGUAAACGGCGUUUCCGUGCGCUGCUCUGGUUCGCCAGAAGCGGCUUAGUCAUGCUGGCCACAUGACCUGGAAGCUGUACGCCGGCUCCCUCGGCCAAUAAAGCGAGAUGAGCACUGCAACCCCAGAGUCAGUCACGACUGGACCUAAUGGUCAGGGGUCCCUUUAGCAAGACAAGUCACCUGUGGAUUCCAAUUCAUCAAUUCCAAGACUGAUGGUCUACCAAAACUGAUGCCCUCCAGAAAUUCUUGGGCUAUAGUUUCCAUCAGCCCCAGCCAGCGCACAAUGAUAGGGCAUAUGCUUCACAGGUAGAAGGUCCAUUGAGAAGAUAACCUCCUUGAGUAACUGAAGCAAAAACUGAAGCAAAUAAUUCAAAUAACCGAAGCAGAAUCUGAUGUGCAAAUGAGAAUUGGAGGGAUAUAUGACAGCCAGCGACUGUUUUGGAGCCGGCUCAUCUGAAAGCACUUUGAAACAAAACAAAACACCCUUCCUUUGUUCCAGCGUCUUGGAGUCCAGAUAUUUUUAACGUCUCUUGACUAUAAAGGACUCUGGAAGAAAUAGAUUUGAUGGAGACAUCAGCAUGAGAGCACACGCAUGCACCAAGAUGCUGAUAGACGUGUUUGUUAGACAAUGUACCAAAAUACCUGUUUGUCUCCCGGAUUCUGUUAAUAAAGAGGGUUUUUUUAAUAUAUAUAUAUAUAAAGUUGUUUUUCCGUGGCAUUGUUCAAUUGUGCUUGACAAUAGGCGAAAUCAGCAGUUUUGAAUGCAUGCUGAAAUACUUGAAGGAAUCUAGACUGUUUGUUUGUUAUUUUAAGCACAGCCGGUUCAUCCCAACUCUUAAUUGACUGCCAGGGAAUAUCUCUCUCUCUCUCUCUCUCUCCAGUCCUUUUUAAGAUCAUCCCAUCUGCUGGGAAGUGUUCCAUCUUUGGGGCGGUGGAAGAACCAGACAGAAAUUGACAUUUGAGGGGAGCAGCAAGCACUUAUAUUAUUAUUAUUACAGUUUGAGAAUGUCUCUUUAUACCAGAGAUGUCAAACACUCUGAAUAGCUAUCAUAUAUUUAAAUAGGGGUUUAGAGCUAUUCUUAUUGCACAGCCACCCACCUGUGUGGCAAUAUAUAUAUAUGCAGCGUAUCUGAGUGCAUAAAUUAUGUUGCUAUAAUUACACCCAUGUGGAAGGAGAACUCUAUAGAUUUAUAUAGAAGCAGUUCUGGAAGGCAGACAUUGUAGCCUCUUUUGGGGUGUGCUUUUCGGUCUGAUUACAGGGUAGUUAAUGGUACUGCUCUCUGAUAACAGUCAUUGCUUGCUUUAUUCCUCUUGCCCCAAACAACUUGACUGAUAGAAGAAAGUGAUUAAUGGUGUUAGAAACGAAUAAUGUAUACCCCUAGGCAAAACAAUGCUUUGCAAGUACAGCCCCAAUAAUACUUAAAAAUAAUAUACAAUCCACACUAAUCCUACGGCAACUUUGCCGGCAGUAAUUGCUCACACAAGCGCUCACAUAUUGGGUUCCUUUGAGGUGCAGCUACCAUAGCUUCAGUCUGGUUUGAUUUCAAAAUGUGUUUCCCAUCUGACUGAGGUCCUAUGGAGACGUAAUGCUCAACCAUGGUUUAUUUUACAUAGCCAUGGUUAUUAUUGAAAUUGAAAUACUUUAUUGUCACUUGUACAACUUGUAUACAGUGAGAUUACACAAGCACCCCCCACUCAGCUCUCUUAGUCUUAAUUCCCUUAAUUACUGACGCACACCCACCAAACUCGAAAGUCAGUUGCCCUGUUGUUAUCUUUUCAUUCAGCAGCCUAACAGCCCAUGGACAGAAGCUGUUCUUUACCCUGUUGGCACGACUAACCAUGCUUCUAUAUCUUCUGCCCGAGGGCAGGAGAUCAAGAAAGUGCUGGGCAGGGUGUGAAUCAUCCUCGAGAAUUUUCCUCACUCUCCUGAGGCAACGUUCUUCCGCUAUUUCAUCCAGUGGAUUCAUGGGACAGCCCAUAAUAUCUUGUGCUGUAUUCACCACCCUCUGCAGGCACUUCCUAUCAGUUGAUGUCAAACCAGCAUACCACACCGUGAUGCAGUAUGAAAGGACACUUUCUAUUGUGGACUGGUAGAUGGAGAUCAUCAAAUGUUGACUGACAUCGUUCUUUCGCAAUACUCUGAGGAGAUGGAGUUAGGAACUGGAUUAGGAACUAGUUCAGAAUACCUAAAACACAGAAAAGGAUUGGCAGGUUAAGAAAAUCCUGAUUUGAAAUGAGUUUGUGUUAAUCAUGGCUAAGUGAUAACAUUUGCACUUUGCAAACCUUGGCUAAGGCCGCACCCUGGCCAGCAAUAUCAAACUCUUGUCGAUGUAUCCCUAUUCAAGGGGCAAGGCUUCACUUGGAUAAGCUAAACCAAUAAUGCACUAAUUUUUUUGGAGGGGGGUUUUAACCAGGGUUAGGGCAAUAAACCUGACUGGUGGUAACCAUGGUUACACACUCUGCCUAUGCCAGUGUUUGGUGUUAAAAGACUUGCUAGCAUAUCUGAUUUUCUCUGUCCAGCAUUGGAAGGUAUGUGUGGCUGCUGUGCAUCGCUCUGAAGUGGAUAAAUUUCAUGUCCUUCAAGGUGGCUGCAUAAAUGAGGUUAUAGUUUAAAUGAAUUAGCUUGUAAUUAGGUAAUCAAAACCGUAAUGUGUUGGACUGGUGUCAGGGUAUGGCUUCGUGCCUUUUGAAGGUAGUGGGUUGGUUUUUCUGUUUUUAAAUAGUGGAGUCAUUAUAUUUUAAUUGCGGCAAGAUAGUGCUGUGAUUACCAGAACUGAAUUGUCUGAGAUGAUGCCGCUUCAGUUCAAAGAGAGUUUCCCAACGAGAAAAAGAAAAACAACUGUUUGAUUUUGGGGUGAUUCCAUAGAGCGCGCUGCGAUUUAUCAGAUGUUAUUCCAAUUUCCUUGUGCUGGUGGAAAUGCGUGUAAGAUCAGAGCGCUCAGCACCACUGCGGCUGCUGUCUCCCCCUCCCUCCUUGGAGUCCUCUGGUCCUCUUGCAUUGGCAUAUUUUAUGCUGUCAGGCCUGUCUCCUGGGCAGCUGAGAGGGAAGUCCAAGGCUAUAUCAGAGACAGAGCAAGGAGGAGAAUAUGAAACCUGUUCAACAAAAGCAGAUCUCCCAGUUGCUCCUCGACAAGAAGCUUUUGCCUGGGUCAGGAGGGUGUCCACCUCUGGCCUACCGCAGUGAAGACGCUCCCUGCGGCUGGUCUUCCUGUAGUUCUUUCCAUUAGCCGGAGAGUCGCCAGCUUGAUGUCUGAGUGGGCUUGAGCUCUGACAAACGCCUUUCAUUUUAUUUGGCUACAGAGAAGACCCCCAACUAGAGUUUCUUUAUCCACGUGGCAAUAGUUUUGAACAACAACAACAAAAAUUAUCCCGAGGAAUGAAUCCUCCAAAGACAAAAAAAUGCAUUGAAUCAAAAGGUGGUUCAGUGUGGCUUCCCAGUUAAGAUUCUGGCCUUGGGCCUGGCAUCUUUUGGUGGGCCCUCGUUUUCCAAGGGCACAUAGGCUUGGCAAUUCAUUUCCACCCUCUGUUCCUCCUCCUCCUCUUUGCAUUUUAUACAUGGGCAGGAAAUAUUUUGACAGACCAGUGGUGCAGAAAAUGACUUGUUGCUGCUGAAGUGCAGCAUCUCUUGACCACAAUUACGAUGCAUCGUAUGUAAAAGCAUCACUUUCCUCAGGUGUUCUGCUGAUCCACUUACUUUUGCCUCUGAUCUCUCUGACUGAAAUAUACAUUAUCGGGACUCUUUUGCAAUCAUUUCACCAGCAUGAAUAAUUUCCGCCAAGUAAUAAUGCAAGGAUUGCUCCACUCGAUUACCCUCAAGGACUACUCUGGCUGACAUGACCUUCAGGUUGUGCGCUAUGUGAUCUUACUGCUCUUCCCUUUACGGCUUAUAGGUAGCAGACUGAACGUUUGCUUUAUCGUGACGUCGCCCUUUGAUGACGUCACUACCGCUUAA